AUGUUCACUGAGCUGGAAGAGCUGGUCGUGGACAACAAUCUUCUCGGAAAUGACCUCCGGUUUCCCAGGUUACCCAACCUCCACACCCUCACACUCAAUAAGAACCAAAUAUCCUUUCAAACUAAUCACCCGGUUUCUUCCUUAGUUUGAUUUAGUGCCUUUGUGGAUUGCAGGCAUGAUAACAAGAAUAAAAGCGCUCUUUGCUUACAUUUAUAAGUCAGUACAACCUUUUAGCGUUGCAGAAAAUCUGUUUUUAAUGCCAUGGUUUUACAGAAGGCUGUGUGUGCUGCAAAAGAAAGUAGAGGAACUUGUAUCAGGGAGCUCCACUCAGGACUAGUUUUUGAACCACAGGGACCUCUAGUGGAAUCACAUUUUAGAGCCAACACAACAGAAGAGGGUUUAUUUUUUAUUUUUUAUUUCAGAGAGAAUAAAAAGUGCUGAAUUAAAAAUACAUUGCAAGAACGAGACAUGAAUUGAUAUAACGCACUUACAGCCUCGUAAUAUCAAUUAGUUUAAAUUAAAGGGAAAAUUCCUCAAAUCUUAUUUUCUACAGUUGCAUUAUGCUUUGUUUUACUGCUUUACCACUCUGAAAUAAAAUAAAGCACUUACUUAAUUUGUCACUAAACGCACUAGCACAUGCUCACAAUUUGGCUCAUUGGUUAUAACGGCCCUGUGUGUUCCACCGCCCAACGUAAACACAUUAAAAGCGGAGCUCUGCACAGCCACCCCUAAAUUCGAGACAUAGACACGCUGUGAGGCUGUUUAUGAUCAGUCAGAAAUGUGUGAACUUCCUCUCCAAGCUUCAGAACAGGUUUAGCAAUGUGUCCUGUUUUCCUCUGGUUAUGCAGAUCCUACCGGGUAACGAUGCUCAUGCUCUCUCACAUAUUCACACACACACACGUUUCCAGAGUCAACAUUAAAACUGGGGCUCCUUGAAGUGUGCGUCUGGGACUGUGUGCUGGGUUUUUUUUUUGUGAAGUGGUCGGCACAUGCUAAUAGGCCAAUUAUGUACAUCCUGUCGUGGCACGGUGCCAUUUUUAAAGCCUGAGCGCUGCAUUAGUGCAGUUGUAUUUUGACACUUUGGGGCUCAAUUUUCCAAGUGAAUGUAUUAGUGAUGAAUGUGCCUGCUUAGGGGCUGUUUGUUUUUUCCACGUCUUCGCAAAAAAGUUUUCCACAGCACAGCUCUGGGAAGCACGGACUGUUUGAACCACAGGGCAUCCAUCAUUUUGUCACUGUUCUGCACCCGGCCACCUAGGAAAUGAAAGAGAUCGAGAGAAAAGGGAGAGAGCGCGGCAGCCAAAUUGUGUCACUACUAUAUGCCAAAGCCUGCACCUUAAAUUGCCCCUCUGUCUGCCCGCUCUCACAAAGCUGGUGACUGGCCCCUUUGAGCAGCUCGGUAAAUUUGACAGUGACGUGUUUUAGCGCAGACAGGCGAGGGAGGGGCUGUGCGGGGAGUAAAUGCUAAUGUAAUUAACAGUGCUAGGUCCUUGACAUCCGCCCUUUGACACCUGACUGAUAUCGAGGCCCUGCUGGAACACUUGGCUGAUGCGACCCCGUCACUGGAGUACCUAAGCCUGCUGGGAAACGAGGCCUGCCCUAACCAGCUGGUUAGCCCGGAUAAGGAUGAGGACGACUACCAGAGAUACAGGUCUGUAAAAAAAUGAGAUACAGAUGUCACCUUAAACGACAAAUAAUGGUCAUCAUUGUAGUCUGAGUUUCUGGGUCCUUUUUCAGCACCAAAGGUUAUAAAACCAGGAUUAAGAGGUUUUUGUCCUCUGAAUGAGCAUAUCUUGAUGCUAAAAGCUGCUAAUUUCCUAUUUGAAGUCAUUUCAGCUCCCAGCGGUGCUUUUCUUUGAUAACGCUGGACUUUUUUAAUGCAGCUUUUCUAGCAAGAACUUGGCAAGAGAUGUUUCGAGCGCAACGGGAAUAUUCCUGGUGAAAUAAAGGUUAAAAGAAAUUAAAACAAAUAUUUCAUUUCAGCCGGGCGGCUCAGAGCGAUAGUUUUUGUAAGUAAUGGAUUUGGAGAUGUUCCUGUUUUUGUUACAACCGCUCUUCGACGUUUCACAAGCAGACUGCGGACUCGACCGCAUCACUCUAAAAGCUUUGUCAACCAGCCCCUCUACACUCCAGUUUGCAAAAUGGAUUUCAUGUGUGACUAGUCACCACCACAAAUGAGUGUUUACUACCCUGCCUUACCAGAGCAGAUGAUGCAUUAAACAUCAAGCUAGGCCUCAAGCCGUGCAAUAUGACCACCAUUUGUCAGGGUCCUUUACAUGAAAUGCGAUAAAAGGCGAAAAGCAUACUCUCUUUUGUCUGUUUUAGCCCUAAGUGCUUGUUUCUGACUCUGUGUUGCCUAUUAAUCAUUUACCAGCCGUGCCUUUCUUGAAUAAUCUUUCUUCUCUCUUUUUGUCUCCCUCCUUUCUCUCACUUUCCCUCCCCUCUCUCUCUCCCUCCUCUCCUCUCUUGCUUAUCUUACUGGUGAGAGAAGCCGCUCUGUUUUGACUGACAACGUCUAGGGUCCUGUAAUGUAAUAUUCAUAAUGUGUCACAUAGUAAAACAUCAAUUUGAGCGUGAUGCAGAUUUCAUGUCUGACAAGGUUAGGCUGUAUGCAGGUCGUGACAGCAUUGGCCUUGGGCAAUAAAUACCCGGUCCACGGCCUCGGGAGCUCUCGGUCUCUCAAGUGAAAUAGCCUGGUGCGUAGCAUUGGUGCCCCAAUUAGUGCAAUGACAUAGAAACACAGGAUUCAUUCAUACUCUACUGUAGAUUCUGCAGGGAGGUUAAAUGUCCUGUUCUUACAUGACAGUCCAUACGCUCAGUGGACAUGUCUAGUACUACAAAAACAUAAGAUUUCAAAGCGCUAAUACGACGUGUCCUCAAUGGUGAGUGAUCAUGCAGCUGUCUGCUCAGAGGGCGCUUAUUCCUCUAAAUCAAAACUAUUGUAACCUAACUUCUCUUUGCCUCUGUGACGCAGAAAGAUUAACACAUCUGAUGUGACAUUUUAACCUCUUAUCUUGAGGAAAGUUAUCAGCUUGUCAGAUCUCCUUUUUUUUCAGCAGAUCAAAGAGUUUGUGCCUGAGGUGCUUCAACAUUCAGCUGAACUUUGUGUUCGCCGAGUUUCAUAAACACAGCUGCGUGAUCCUCUGAUUUUCAGGUUAUCAUCCUUACAUGUUAAACCAAGUGUAAACGCUGUGUGGUAACACUUUGCUCAUGGGUUAUGUAGUUUUUUUUUUUUGAGUGCAGAGACAGGUUAUUGAUCAGAUCACUUAUAAUUAGUCUUUCUUUUGGGUGUAAACAGGCAUAAAUACAUAAAAAACGUUAAAUUAUAAAAAAUAAUAAUAAUAAAAAAUAAAAUAAUAAAAAAUAUUAUUGAUAAAAUAUAAUCAAUAAAAAAUAUUAAUAAAUAGAUUUAAAUAAAUUAUCCAAUGUGUCCUUUCAGCGAAAUCCAUCUACACAUUAUUACUCACUCGACCUGGCUGUUACUUUCAUACUGUUUCCUGCUUUUUCUUAAAAUAAGACUGGUUAUAGACUUAAAGCCCCAAUGAAAGGAGUUUAUGUCAAGUAAUGAAACAGACUGAGAUUGAGUCUUCUUUACGAGCAAGCAAAUGAGUCCAUCAGUCUUAUGACGAUUUCUAUAAAGUAACUUUUACCACCUGGGAUCGCCACCACCGGGUGUAAAUUUAUGGGCUGUAUAAAUCAUGGAUGUAGUCUCAGCAACGUCACUCAUUCAUCCCUGAGGUCGAGUUUUGAUGCCAACAAUGGGUCAGAGGUGCUAAUUCAUUUUUAACUGAAAGACAGAGAAGCUACAAUCUGUCCCAGAAGGUCGACAACACCUCUAGCUAUGAUAAUGAUGUCAAACUUGUAAGAUUAUUGUCUUCAAAACAAAAGCAUCGGAAUAAGUGUCAAAGAAAUUAGGAUGAGAUUUUUGGUUGGGAUAUAAACUUAAAUAUACAGGAUAGAUUAAGCAAGGAGUGAAGAUGCACCAUUUUUCACCACAGGGGGCGCCAAAGUUGACAUGAACAGUAGCGUUAAAUAUUGUGAAAGAACGUUACAUUUAUGUUCCAGUUGAUAUGCAGUUCCUACGAAUUAAAAUAAAGCAGAUAUCUGGAUAUUUUAAACCCGUUAUUUCUGUCAUGGUUGUUCUAGCUAACUCCAUCCAAGGGCGUUAAAAAUCAUAUUUCGACCAGACAUGUUUGGUAACACUAAAUCAAGUGUUUCAGCCUUUUUUUUACUCACUGUCAUCCUCCACCCUGCCCUUCCCUCCUGUGCUCUGUUAUCCCCUCUCUCUGCUCGGGUUGAAUCAUUAAUAUCCCUGCUGGCUGACAGAGUCUUGUCAUCUGCUCUGACCCUGUGAUGGUAGGUUACCUAUGGAGAAUGACCCCUCUGCGUGUCUCCCAAGGGCAUCUUCACAUUUCAUCAUGGAAAUGCCCUGAACAAAGUCCUUUUAUAGGGAGGGAGGGAGACACAGGAUGGGAUUGGGGGGGCCUCUUGGAUUUUAGUGCUGGAAAAGGAGCUCUUAUUAGGGGUCAGGAUCAGGUCAGUUUACUAUGUAAUAAUGCUCGUGUAAGAAGCAUUUCAGGUCCACAAAUGUUGCUGUUUUUUAAUUACGUACAAAUUAAAUCAGACAUUUUCCCUCUUGGUUUUGCACAGGUAUGUUUUCAGUAUAAACGGGAUCCCUGCAUCUCUUCCUUAUAAUCCUCAGGUGUUGAAAACUUGACACUAGCUUCGCCAUCUCCCCUCAUCGCCAUCGCCAUCAUCAAUUUGUCACGGCUCUUUGCGCACAGGUCCUGUCUUUGCCCAUAUCCCCUCCCGUCCUUUCUCACCCUCCACUUAGGUGCUGCAUGCAUGUCCCUCUUUUUUUUUUUUUCUUUUUUUAAGGCUACCAGCUCAGCCCUGACAUACUGGUUCCUCUAUCCCUGCCUGCCUGUGAAAGGAUCUGUUGUCAUCUAUGUAUUCCUACCAUUAUCUUUUGACGUUUCUCUGCCUCCCAAUGAAAGACAGAGUGUGUCUGAAAGCUUAGAGAGAUAUCUGUGAUGCUGCCAGAAUGACAGCUCUGGCAGACGGGUUGUAUCUCCUUUCGUGCUAUUUAUAUGUUGUACUUAUUCUUAUCAGCUUUGAAGGUUAUAACAUACAAGAAGCUAUCACCAUUAAAUCUGCAUCACCAUUAAAUCUCUGUAAACAAGGCUUCUUUUCAAGUGUAGAUGAUGCAUGCAUUUACAUAUUAGAAAAUGUGUCAGUUUGAUUAGUUCGUGACGGUUAACACACUUCUUCAGAUUCUCGGCUUGUUUCUUUGUUAAGAAGAGGCCUACGAGUAGACCCUUGUAAAGAAAUACGGCGCUCUUUUUCUUGCAGGUACUUUGUUCUGCACAAGUUGCCCCAGCUGAAGUUCCUGGACACGAGGAAAGUAACCAAAAAAGAGGUGAUGGAGGCACAAGCAAGAGGGGCAUUCAUGAAAGUGGUCAAACCCAAGUCGGAAGCUGUAAGUUUAGCCCUUUUUUUUUUCCCACUUUGUUUUAAAUUUCCUCUGAAGUCUUGAGUGGAUUUCAUCCUCUCCUCGUUUGUUCUAUUCUUCCUCUUUAUCCCUCCUUUCUUCCUGUGCAUGCUUGACUGUCAGGCUCCCCUUUAUAGAAGGUCUCAGCGCUGCGGCCCUUUACAAAGACUCUCUCUUUCCUAUCGCUUCAAGUGUGCGUCUGUGUGUGUUGCAUGCGAGCGCAUGUGUGUAAAUGUGUGUGACCACGGCCUGACCUGAUUCCGUAUGCAUGAGCCCCAGAUCAAAGACGACGGGCGGCUGUCCGGUCGCGCUUGUGUUGCCAAGUGUGACAUGGCUGGCGAUUGGAGUGACAGCUCACGUACACGCCGCUCACAAUCGCUUAAUUAUCCCGAGCCCGUGCACUUAUUCCUCCCUCUCUUGUUUAGGGCCACACAGACUAAUUAGAGUUCGGGAGGUUCACAGAUACACCACUUCACCCCCUUUUUUUUCUACUUUCUUCUUCCCCCCUCUUUUAAAAUGCAAUGUAAAUGAACAGCUUUUGCCUAGAUUUGAUUUCAUGUAAUUGUAAGGUCAUGAAAUAUUUACUAAUCAGAUCAGCUAAGCUUUGUCGUUUCAAGGUCUCAGGGGCUCUGACAGUGAGCCUAGAAGGUUAAAAAUGGAAGCAGAGUAGCAGCGAAGACAUCCAACGACAAAUCAGAAGCAUGCGAGUCAGUGUUGGGUUUGAAAGUGUUAGAAAAAAAAAACUAUUUAUUGUUACAGACAAUCACCUAAGAUGGUGUACUCUUUUAGUGUCAGCUUUGUUCUUGUUUUUCAUGCAAGCGGAAAAACCAAAACACUGAAAUAAUUUAACCUCAGUCUGACUUGUUUGCUAGGAAGAGGAAAGUGGAAUGAAAACACAGCUCGUCCUUUGUGUAUAAAAAGAAGCUGAGGACCUCUACAUGCUUUUUGGCAUUGUAAAGUCACUUUUUAAGAUAUUAUUUACAUAGCUUGUCAGCGAGAAAGAAAUGUUUGCUUUUGUCCCCACAGCCUCAGAUGAAAGCAGAGAUGAUCAUUGAUUCUCUCUGACACGAUGUGUGUGUCUGUGUCUUUAAACCUGCUGCGUGUGAUUAUUUAUUCCUUAUGCAAGGUAAAAGGUUACAGCUUUGAUGCUUUUUUUUUUCCUACAAUGCAUGGAGUAUUUCAUGCCAUCAAACUCACUCUUUCUGUUCCGUACAGUUUCAUAUGAGCAGUUCUUCACUAAAGGGAGAAUCCUCGCCUGGAAAUAUCCCGUUUCUCGUCUCUCGGUUGUCACAGCAGCGUUUUCAUAACAUUUCUUUUGAGGUAGAUGAGAUAUGAUGUGUCAACUACCGCUGACUUGAUGAGGCAUGAGUACCUCCCAGCUCUAAUUGUCCACAUCAUCAGAGUGAUUGUGAGCUGACCGAUAGUGUGGGCCACCAAUUAAUGAAACGUCUGCAACACAGAAGGAACACGAGGAGAGAUGAUGGUAUAAUUAGAUAUUUGUGUUUGCUUUUAUGUCUGGUACAGCGGGGUGUUGUUCAUAACAGUGGCUCGUGGUGCACUGUCUGCCAUUUGCUUUAUUACAAAGAAUGGUAAUUAGCUGUCUCGCUGUCACUCCUGCUACCAUUUGAGUCUAAAUUAGCGCCAGAGAAAAACUGCGGCGGCACAGACUUCAUCUAAAAGGUUUAUUUAUUGAAAUGGUUUGACUUUUAGUGAGUCUUCAAAGUCUUUUGCCCUGGGUUCAGUUAUUUUUCCUCUCAGACCUUUUUAUGACAAAACUCUUUCCCACUGUUUACACUAGAUAAAUUGAAACCAUAGAAACAGCAGCAACUGCAGCAGGGUAGCAGUGAAACAUGCCCGCUUAUGACAGCAUUAAUGUGAAGAAAGAGCCCCUUCCAUCAAACCCUUCCCACUGAAUGAUGCAUGUAUUGGAAUAGUUAAUGGACUCACAAAAAGGAGAGACGCAGCUGAACUUUUGGACCUCUCUUGAGUCAUAUCAAAGCGGAUCGUGACCGCAGUUGUAACUCCUUUUCAAUCAUGCCGUUACGGCAUGGCACUGAGCUGCAACACAUGGCUCUGAUCAACAAAGUUAUGGUCUUUAGCACAAUUUGAUCGCCAUAACUUUCAUACGUUUCCAAUGUUUCCCGUGUCGACUGAAUCACAACCAGACAGCCGGUGAUCGGUUGUUGUACAGGAAUGGCACGGCAAACAAAACACACAUAUGAAAAAUAACCCAUGGGGAUGUAUGACUGUCGAAUUUACAGAAAGUCACCACCUUCAGAGAAUAUGUAUGUUUGUGUCCGACCACGACCACCAAGACAAACAUUAGUUCAGUAUUUCUAAAUAUGUCCUCGAGCACAUUGUAAUUAACUACACGUACCUAACUCAGUACCAUAAAAUAAACUUUAGAAGUCCUUUAAGGAGAUGAGAUGCAAACUUGCAAUUUUUUAUGCCACUGUGUAGUUUUCACACUGUGUUUUGUUUGCAAUACAUACAUGCAACCAACUGGGUAGUUAAGGUGCGACCAAUUCACCAGUAGGACUUACACCACCUUCCUCCUCUGGUCAUUACUUCACACAGUAGCACACUUGCAAAACACAACUAGAAAAGCACUCGGAGAGCGAAGACCUCCGCCAAGCAGCUCAUGUCCCCCCUUAAACAAGAUAUGCCCUGACCAGGAUUCGAAUCCAGGACCUUCUGGUUGUGAGGCGACAGUGCUAGCCACUACACCACUGUGCCGCCCAUUAGUUAUCUUUCAGCAUUGAAAAUUCCCAUGACACCCUUAUUUUUGUGUGUUCUGGAUCACAGUAUCCAGAAUUUUGUCCGGAUCACCACCUAAAUUUAAUGGGAUCCUCCUGGGGCUGAGACGCACCUCUGGUGAAAUUUUCAGGUCAAUCCAUCUGUUAAUCUCCAUAAAGUUGCUAACAGACAAACAAACAAACCAAAGGUACCGAAAACAUAACCUCCUUGGCGGAGGUAAUAAUUGGGGUAUAUUGUGGCUGCACUCGAGGUUGAUGGCAUAUGUCUGUAGGAUUUGGUUGAUAUCACCCCCUUAUCUUAUCUGCCUCAUAAGAAAAGCUCAACAAUAAUCUAAAAAGAUAUAUCCUGCAGGGCAAAAACAUACCUACACUAUGUCUGCAUUUUACACUGAUAUAUUGGAACUUUACACCAGAUUUACACGGCCAAUACUUGCCAACAUAGAUGCACAAGUGGAUUGUGUUUAUAAGCUCUUGUUGUUCUAGUUUGAGGGCAUUUUCCUUGCAUGUCACGUUCACACUACAAAAAACAACAACAUUUUGCACAGAUGUUAAGCAGCUUGAUGGCCGAGGAAACUUAUUUUACUAUUUUCUUUCUGCACCUAAUUCCAUUUCAUUAAAAUUGUCUUUAUGAUUGAGUGAAACACAGUUAAUGUGACCAAAAAAAAAACCCCAAUGAGGUGUGUUCAGAUAAGAGUCCCGAAGUUAUAACACUGCACAUAAUGUUGGCACUUCUUUAACUGUUAUUGUGUGUUCAUGCACAAGUGGGUUUGACACCAUAAGUGCGUGACAAUAAGCCGUUCCACAUUUCCACAUUUGUAUGUUUUGGUGUUUGCUUCCAAGUCAGAGGGUGUUAAUUUUCUCUUUAAGGUUUUUGUUUUACUGCAUUUCUGAGUGGAAAGGACGAGUAAUUGGACAGAUAGGGAUGCAAAGUGACAAAGACGAGACAGUGAGAAAAAAACAUGUAUAAAUACCUGAAGUAAACAAAGCAAAACCAAAAAAAAAAGGUCAGGACGACUGAUGUUUUCCCAAAACCACAACACUAAACACAGUGAGGGUGGAAAAGCCUUGAGCUGUAUUUUGGGAAAUUGGGCGUGUUGGAAUGCUAUAAUGUGAUAAUUCUCUUUGAGGACUUAGAGGUCAUGGAAUGAAAUGGCGUUAAACCACGUAGAGCCAUUUGGACUGGUGUCGGGCUGCUUUCGGAAAAUACAUGUGGUGCUUUUUGGCUCGGCGUCCUCCACCUCCCUCCACUCUGCCACGGAGGCCACAUUAUGCUGUCGAAGUCUCGGGUUAAACUGGCCAUGUCUAUCAAAACACUGUGACAGCGCUUUCUGUUUUCACAUCCCAAGUUCUGCUCGAAAAAAAGUGCGUAGCAAAUUUAACUGGUAGAAUAACAUUUACUUCAUGCCACAUGUUUAAGAGUGUUUCACAGUGAAAGAACUAACUCCAUGGUCCCCCCUCUUUGAGCACAGCUUGGUAGCUACGUCAGAGGGUAUAAAUGUUCUUCGGAUGUCACUUAGAUUUUGACCGAACUCAGUAUUUGACUUGAUUUUCAAGCAUGAGCAUAAGUUUUUUUCCUCCCUCCACAUCCUUCUGUAUAAUGUAAAGCAGACUGCAUUGCAGGGUGGCUUGAGCCAGCUCCAGGGUCCCAUGAGUCUCUGCGCACAGGGUAACGGUUCUUCAAGGGAAUUGACAGUGACAGAGCCAGGAAAGUCCUCAAGUGGAUCUUUUCAGUUCAGUUUUUUCUUCCCCAGACACUAACCUGUUUUACUCAGCAGCAGACAGCAGUUCAUUUUAAGUUUGCACCAAAGGAAGCAAGUCCAAAUCGAAAGAUAGACUGCUUGGUUUUGGACACAUGAUUGUGCAUUAUGUGAUGCAUGGUUGAGGCUCUACAACUCCAGAAACAAGAGGAGGCUUUCUGCUGUAGGUUGGCUUUGUUUUGCUUCCUUUUGUAAAUCUCAAAUGUACCCUGCGAAGUCCAUUGCCACGUUGAUCUCCCUGCUCCAAGAGUUAUGAGUUCCCUGAAGCUCUCAAACAUAACAAACAGCGUGCAAUAUAGCGCUUUGUGAAUGCGCCUUCAGUGGGUUUGCUGAAUCAUUUUACUGAACAAAUGUGUCCUGAGAGAAAACUCAGAGAAUAUGGUUCUCAACAGGGGAAGGAAAUGUAACCCAACAGAUUGCUGUGGAAGCAAGUUUAUUACCCUCUUUGCUGAUCCUCUAUUUCCGCAUUCAGAACCAUGAUUUGUCUCCUUUCUUUCCUGAAACAUUCCUAAAUCAUGAUGUAUGCGUCGGGUCGAAUAAGGACAGCACUGCGGAUUCAGUCGCAGUCGUGGGCAAACUGUAACCAUACGAGAGCUUGUCUGCUUUAUGUUCCCACAAAUAAACUCCCUGACAUAUUGUGAUCUGCUUGCUUUCAAAUGAUGAUCUCGCCCCCCAUCUUACAUAAUAUCACGUUAUCUGUUAAUUACAUCACUUGAGACACUGCUGUUCUCCCUCUUUCCAUGACAGCAUAUCCUUAAUGUUAAAACAGCUGUUUAUAAUUGUUUGGACGUGUUUAGUUUGCGUGAUUGACGAAAAACAGCGUGUUUGCGCCAAGAUAUUUCCGAGGAGCCACAUGUUCAUUCUCUCAGGUAUGUGUAUUCGUCUGUCAGUUUAUUGUGAUAAGUGCCUGAUCGUGGAUUUCCCUGUAACAGCCUUUUGAAUCCUGAAGCCAGUCCAAGUGUUUGGAUCGGUGCGACGGGCCCAAAUUGGAGCAUUUUGGCAGUGAAAGCUGAGAGGUCACGCCGGGGUUAUAAGCCAGGGAAACAACAGCAAUUAGAGGGAGUGACUCAGACUGUCCACAUAAAUCAUCCAGGCCCUGCAUAUCAUAAACACACUGUAAAACUUUAAAGCACAAUUAAUGGCAAGUAAUAACACCAAGAUUGAUUUAUGGCCUCAUUCAAAGCCUGGAGACAUGGGGUGCAUGACCCGAGUGUCACGUCACUCUUGCAUGCAAGAAAUGAUAGAUGUAGUGUUCGUUUUUGGCAAAAUGCAGAGCAUAAAAACAAACAUGUGUUUUUGUUAGGGCUUUUAUGAGACACUGAAGUGGCCGCGUUGCAUUAACUGAUUUUCCUCUCCCUCUGCUGGCAUCCAGUACAGAGGAGAGGAACGCCUCUGUGGUGAAGCAUUUGUUGUCUCGACAUCUCUUGUGUUUUAGUGGUGGAGUUUGAGGCCUGUCAGAAAACAGGCCAAAUCUGGCCGGCAAUAAUGAGACAUCUCCCUCUCCUCGAAAAAAGUUAUCAUAACUUUGACAGGUCGUGUGAUUGUUCACAUAAUUUCCUCUUUUUCAUGUCUAAUAUGUGAGUUUUUGUCAAGAUUUUAUUAGUGUAAUAACAUUGAGUGCCUGGGUUUGGCAUGCUUUAAAGUUUUUCUUUUUACACAAACUGUUCCAACUUAAUCCUUUAUUUGCCUUUGGGAAGGACCAAGUUUUUAUUAGGUUUUUCUGUUUUCAAAGGUCUUUUUAGAGACAGAAAACUGCGGGGAAAUAACACAAAUCCACCCUCUCAUAUCACUGAACACCUUUUAGACAUAUGUAAAAGACAUUCUGCAUUCUGAGUCCUACUUUUCACAGUCAUUAUGUUCCUCUAUAAAACUGAAACUGAGCUUCCUUUCAUGAAAUGCCAAGAGGCUGCAAAGCUCCACAAUCCCUGUACAUGCACUGUAGCAACAACAUGAUAGCCACUAAGGCAUCUCUUCAAUUGCACCUCUUAUCAAAUGAUGCUUUUAGCUAUUACAUAGUGCAGCUUCCCAGUGCGUUGGCCUAUCAGUCCAAUCAGAGCUAAUCCUCCCUGUUGGUCUCUCUGGUGACAGGAAGAUGCUGCUAGCCUAAUGAGAGACAGCUGGCUUAGUGUUUUCUCCGCUCCAAAAAAAGAAAAAAAAAAACUCCAUCUAUCUUUCUUCCCCUCCUACCCCACCGGGUGUUUCCACAGAAAUGUGCCAAACUUUAAAUCUCUCAAAGAGAUCAGUUAUUUCUUUGCCUGUCUCUCCCAGUUGAUGUUGACAGCGCACAUUAAUCACUGUUUCAGCACUCGUGUUUCUGCUUCACUUUGAAGUUGAUUGUCAUGUGCGCCCUCACGAGGCAGCGUUGCUUUAAUUCACUUCCAGAUUUUUAUCAGACAGUUCUGGUAAAGUUGUUGUCGUUUAUGACAUACAGAUGUUUAUGCGCUAUUAAAAAACUUAAUGGGGUUUAAAGUCUGGGCUAAAUGAGGUGGAUGUGGUCUAUAAGUGUCACAUUUGUUUUAAAGUCAAUUGAGGAAGUUUGUGUCAAUUUGUGUUAAUCUGAAAGUGUUUUUUAAAUAACAUGACUCUAUUGUCAGAGAAAAUCGAUCACGUUUCACAGCAGCAUUAUCUGCAACACAAAUAUUAAAGCUCCUGUAAGGAGUUUUUAGUAGAUUAUGAAUCAGACAGAAAUAAAUACUGAUGAUUUAUAAAAGCAAACAAGACCAUGAAUAUUCCUAUAUUGUCAUUUUUAAUGCCUUUAACUGCUGCCACCGGGUAGGUGCUAUACAAGUACACACAAGAAACAACUUUUAGUCAACAAACAUUCACACUAAGUGAUAAAUUUGAUUUUUAAUAGAAAGAAGAAAAAAAACUAUCAUCACAUACAGGGCAGACAUGGGCAUUAUACAGCCAGAGGGCCACACCCGGCCCUUUGGAUGACCCUGCCCAGCCCUUUAUGAGGUCUGUCAAACAAAUCACCAACAUGCUAUACAAGUGUGUUGCUUUUAUUUUGAAAACCUAGCCGUUGUUUUAUUUCCGUUUGGACACACAUGCGUACAUCCUACACCUGCAGUCGUUAAUAGAGACGAGUUUAAACUUAGUAAAAAGUAAAAUAUACGUAGACGUCUUAUAUUUGUCAAGUCCGCUCAUUAUAAACGACUUUAGGCUUGUUUCUCUCAGAAGUCGCCCCUGAUUUGAAGUUGAAGUUAUUGUUGGUUCAGCCCUCCAACACAAUUCAGGUUUCUCAUGUGGCUCCAUGUUAAAAUUAGUUGCCCACCCCUGAUUGAGAGGUAAAGCCUUUCACUGUGUACUCCAGGGGGCGCCAAAAUUCACACAAACUUGAGUUUAAAAGUAAAGUUGCUCACACCAGCUUUAAAUGCGAAAUACAAACGGUCUAUUUGUCAAAUAUGGAAUUCCAAACACAGUUUUUUAGGCGCUUCAGUGGACUAUUUUCUAUGAUCACACAUUGUCUUUAACUUUAGGAUUGACUUGUGAAUAAAAAAAUCACCUCGUUAGUCUGACCUUAUGAAAACAUGAAGCCCAGAUUGAGCAUAAUUCAUCCAACAGGGUUGAACAAGGAUCACAGUUUGCAAAUAAACAGUAUCCAAUUAGUUUACUCAGUAGCGCUAACAUUAGCAGAGCUAGCACUACCAGCCUCAGUGAUUUAUGCUCAUAUAUCUGUGUUGGUUAUGCAUUUCUCUGUAUGAGCAAUUACAUGCAAGUUCAACCCAAAACAGCUCUGUCUACAUUUUCUAGAUCAACUUACUGCAGGAAAUAUGUAUACUUUAUUAAACCAAUGAGUAAUUCUGGUGUUCUGGCAAAUGUUUUAUUACAUUGACAGGCCCUUGUACCAUGUAGUGUAAGAGUACUCUAAGACACACCGGAUCUCAGAGAUAAAAACAAAACAAGACAUCGUCUGCAUCUCUUAAAGUUUUGAAAAGUGGAGGAAAUAAAUGCUCUGUUUCAUCUCUUUGCAGACGAAUUAAAUUCUGUCUUUCCUCCGCAUACACGUCCAAUCAUACAAAGUGGUUGUGAACUUUUCCCACAACUUCUUGUGCUCUUUGAUCCAUUAUACCCAGCUGUGUGUGUUCCUCGGUACAGUGUUAAUGGAGAUGGGAGUCUUCUUUCAACAGCGACUUUCAUGAGCAUGCAACAGAGGACACAGCCAGAGCCGAAAGUCCCUCCACUGAAGUUUGUGCUUACACAGACCUUCUUUGUGGUUUUUCGAGCUUGUCAGACAUGUCAAGCGCGAGCUAGAAAAAGUAUAUUGUUUCCAGCCACUUGGAUUCCUUUCCCCUCUCUGACAUCUGCCACUCCGCCGAGAUGAUAAAUUCUUGCCUCAUUAAGCGUGGGUGUGGGAUUACAGGCUGACAACACAUUAAUCACUGGGCUGGGUGGCAGCAGCCCCGCACCAGCUACAGGCAUUGUUAACCAAACUUUUCUAAUGUGUCACUCUCCUCCCUGACAGCCCAUAAUCAAUCAUCCUGAUUGGCAGGGCUGAUAGAUUACACUAUUUAUACUUUGUGUAAUGAAAGCUAGCGUUUCCACCUACUGUCAUUGUGGAGACGAUGAUAGGCCACACCGUCCGGCUGAAUGGGAACACAGAGAGAAAGAAAAGAAAGGGUAGGCAGACCUUGGUGCAGCAUUGUGAACUUUAAAACACUGCUGGGCUCCACCGUGGGAGGAGGAGGGAGUGCUCUCUGAGUCUGUAUUGUCUCCCCUGCGUGGUGUAGCUUAAAGGCAGUCUUCACACCGUCACUGUGCUAUUGUCAUCUUUGUCGCUAUCAGUGGCAGGCCGAGCUCUCGCAGGUAAAACUCUGCUUUGUGUGCGGUGGGAUUUAGUUUCCCGGUGACCCUGUUGUUGAGGUGAGGUUUUGUUGUCAGAGCCUCUUUUCUGACAGAAAGUGAAUGAUUUACACAUGUAUAACAACAAAAUGACAGGACACUGUAUACUGUAUGUAUGUGCUUGUCAGUGUGCCGAGGUCGAAAGGACAAUGGAUAAUGGGUUUCCCUGCUUUCUUAUGGAGAGCUUAAGAACUACGUUACAUCGCUUUACACACCCCGAGCCGCCUUUCUUGUCUGACUUACUUUUUUUUUUUUUUUUGCAUGGGAACUUGUGGAUGAAAUGACACUCUCCUGGUAGCCUUCAAACAUAAUAAGGUUAUGUUUCUUUUUUGUUCAUUGUCAGCCGUACGUCUUUGUCUGGAAUUAGAGAUGUUCCCGGCACACUGAGAGAGGAUAUUGAAUACGAGCUCUUCGUUGAGUGGCUGCCAAGCAUUUGGAGAAAAGAAAAGAGGGGGAAAAAACAGUCCAUCAUGGUUUUGACAGGCAGUAAAUCUGAGACUUUUUCUUAUGAGACAGUGCGCUGUCAGGAAAUUAGUUAACUAGACCAUAUUAUGGAGAGCCAGGUAAUUUACCCUCAGAGAUGCAAUCGCAAAUAACUAGCAGGAGGCCGCAUCCCUGACCUGACAUUGCUUUGUGUAUAAUGCAAAAUCUAGUGACAUGCUCAAUGGGUUCUGUCAGCUGCAGGAUUGAAUUCUCUGCCUACUGCGUCUCAGUUUGGAGCACGCUGGUCAAUUAUUUCUGAGGCUGUCAGUGCGUAGGGAGACACUGUUAUUUAGUAUGUGUUAACUUGGCAUCAUUAAGACACUCACCUGACAGGGAAUAGUGCACCUGAACGUUAUUUAUUUUGAUUCCCCGACAGGGGUAACCUUCAAACACGGUGACCUCUCCCUAUUUUUGCAGUUUUGUGAAAUCCCACUCGGUCCAUUAGAAACAGGAGCUGUCGAGACGGCGGGGAAUCAAAUGACCGAAAGUCGUCUAAUCUAACACGGUAAUGCGUAAAAGAAGCCUCUAUUUGUUUGGACAGAUCGCUCUGAUCACAUGGUGGCAGUUCACUGUCUAUUCAUGCUUGUUUGUAGACGUUGCUGUCUACACAAUAUCUCUAAAGAAAUGUCACUUUGUCGUACAUCCAUAUUGUGUUUUUCUUCUUUUGGCCUACACAAACAUGAGCACACAGGAGUAGAGACAGCAGUUUCAUGUUUUGUUUUCGUGAACACAAACACUGAUUCUGCGUUUUUUUUUUAUCUUUGCUUUGUUAAGUUGUCUAGAACCAGGGCAUGCACACAUGAUCUUACACGUAUGGAUAAUAAAAUGUAAAUUAAAGGGAAAAAAUCUGUACAAACAGAACUGGGUUGAGCGAACUAUGUUUACAUGUGGCCUUGAGUUUAAAUAUAAGUUGUUAUUUAGGAUUGAGUUUACUCACUCCUUUAGGCGCUGCACCAACUGAAAAUGAGUUACAUCUUCUUUCUGUAAUAAACAAUCACACAUUUGAUCAUCAAAAGUCAGCAGAAUGUAGGGUGACCAUACGUCCUCUUUUACCCGGACAUGUCCUCUUUUUGGGGGCUGUCCAAGGAAGUUUAUAAAAUCCUUCAAAUGUCCACAGUUUUGUACGGAAGUUUCGAGUUUAUGUCAUGUGGACUUAGUGAGUUAGAAGCGCGUAAAAGAUACUCGAUCCGACCCGAAAAACUCUCAAAACUAAGUUUGUAUGACUCCGUGACUCCGCCCCUGUGCAGUCGUGUCCUCUUUUUGUGAAGUGAGACAAUGGUCUCCAUAGCAGAAUAAUUUUUUUUUGUCCAAGGGCAUCACAGGAUAAGGAAAGGCGACUAUCAACCACAGGGGGCGCCAAAAUCGAUACAAACUAAAGUUCAUCACAGAAGCUUUAAGCUAUGAAUACCAAAUUGAUUUGGGCUUUUUGACUUGAAGAAACAUUAACUCGUGGAUACCCAUGUAAAAAUUUGAGUCACCGUCUCUCCACGUCUCCCAACACCAGCACCAACCAGACCCGGUGAUGAAUGGGUAACCUGAUCGAGUAAAACCUCAGCGCCACCUCUGUACAGCAGGAUGACAUGAUUAGGAGGUGACAGCUUCUGUAACAACAUCUCUGCAUUUAUCUUUUUCUGCUCUCUCUCUCUCCCCCUCUCUCUCUCUGUCUGUCUCUUUCCUCUCAACAAGUCAAACUACUCUAUAAUUAAUGUCCCUGAAGGCUAUCCGCAGGUCAGGCAGGGGUGGGGGGGGUUCGUCUGUUGAGACAGGUACUCUUGACACCUCCAGCUUUGUAGCUCAUGCAUGCGGGUGGGGAGACGUCUGAGGGAAAAGGGGGUGAGAGAGGCUAGUGCUGAGGGCCAGAGCAUGUUUAGGUUGGAGGCUAAGAUCGGAGGCAUACAGGAGGAUUGAAGGAAGGCAAGCCUGGCUGUGCAACCUUUCCACCUGAGAGACAAAAAGGAGAGUUUUUCUCAGGAUUAACCAGUCAAAUCUGGUGCAUUAAGGGCUUAGCCUGUCAGGAGCCUUACAUCUGAGUGACAGAGAGGGAACAUACAGUUACAACAAUGUCAGCACUGCACAUAUUUAGCCUAAGGAGGACAUGUUAUGUUACAAGACAAAUUGUUCAGAGAUGGUUGAAAGUAAAGUAUCGUUUUUAAAUAGCAUUGAGGUUGUGACGGCAAUAAAGAAACUUGUCAAAAGUCUUAUAACAGUCUUGGCUUUGUAAACUUAGUCUCACACGUUAUGUCUGCAGCCUUCAGUACUUUUAUUUUGAAAGAUUUAAGAGACUAUUAUCUCUCUCUCUUUCUAUAUAACUUUGAAGUGUGCCCUUACAUUUGCACCUCUCUUAUGCAUCGGUCCAAAAUCCACCCCCUCUGUCCCACUCUGCAUUUUACAAACACAGCAGCCCCCUUCUUUCCCAACAAUCACACUCUGUAUGGUCUCUUGUCUCUGUGUUUUCUACCAGUGGAGAGGUAUUUAUCUCCCUUUUUUUCUCUUCUCAGGUUUUGAAUAGCCAGAGAGGAUGAGAGAAAAAGGGUGAUGAACAGGGUGGUGGGAGAGUUGGACGGCGGUAAAGAGGAAAUUAAGUAGAGACAGAGGAGGAGAGGGAGACAUUCUUGUUUAGCGGUGGAAAUAUGUGCGAGGGUGAGGGCUGCCCAGGGUGCAGGAAGAGGUCAGCGCGGGGGCAGAGGGGUCAAGUGACACUCGGGCUGCAUUCUUCUGUCAUUCACGGGGGCGUUGGAGAGGGAUGUGGAGGAUUGGCAUGGGGCGACAGGGCACAGAUGGACAGUGAGGAGGAUGGAGGUUGUCUUUGCCACAAUGUUCCAGUGUCACCCUGCAAAGGAUUUCUUUUCUUUGUGUUUUUUUGUUUGUUUGACAAAACGAACAAGCUUUUAUUGUCUGAAUUAUGAUUAAAGAAAACAGUGUUAGAUUAUCAUUUUCAUCAACCGGGCUCCUUUUUAGACUCCUCAGUGUCACAUUAUUUGCGUCUCUUAGUGGUUAUCAGAGGUUCUCUAACCUUUGACUGAUUCUUUCGGUUUCUAUUUUCAGUUGGCGUUCGCUUGAAGCUGACAGAUUCAUUAUGUCUCCCACAAGAAUAAGUCUGACUGUCACGAAAACAAUCUUAAAUCAUUUCAAUCCCACUUGAAAAAAAAUAAAACAAUAAUUUCAAAAGAACAAGCAAAUCUGUAAAACACAAUGAACGCAAAGACAAAAGGACUAAAAGUUAGGAGCUUCUGGGAGAUUUUUGUUAAGGAUUUUGGUUACGCAAUCCUGAAUGAUAUAUAAAUACUGUACAAUGGUUUAACAAGAGAGGAUUUACUGAGAGAAUUCAAUUCAAUUCAAUAUAACUUUAUUGUCCCCGCAGGGAAAUUUGUCGUGGACAGUCAGUACUGCUAAAAAACAACUGCAUUGCAUAAUGUGCAAACCAGAAACACAUACAGACAUACAGACAGUCGACAGUUCUGCAUUGACAGACAGAAACGGUAAAUCACAGCCAAUGGAUAGAAAAAGCUAAAGAAGAUUUCGUAAUAGAAAACAUAAACUUCUCUCAAGGACUGAAAGAGAAAUGGUAGGAAUGACUUAUUAUGCUGUAAAGGAGGAGGAUGCUGCCUUUGAAUGCUUCUCAUUGGACAAUGGUAGACUUUGUCAUGAUGUGUAGGGAUUGCUCAUAUACUCCUGAAUGAAAGCGCCCUCACUUUAGCAUGACUAUGUUAACUGAUUCAGAGAAGUCGGCUUAAAUCAAUGAGUCAUAGCAGUGGUCUGUUUUUCACCUUAUAGCAGACUGUUGCUAUGAAGAACGCACCGUUGCUAAGGAUGCAGCUCUGAUUGCAGACUCACACAGACGAACUACAAGUAUAUGAAUGUGUAAAAUAUUAUUUUAAGUACUUACAGGCUACAAUGGGGAACUUUACAAAUGUUUGGGUUAUUGCUGGUCUGCUGAUUCUCUCAUUGCUGAUGAUUGUAAAAGUCUCUCAUAUGGUGUCCCUCAGGGUGUUGUGUAAGUCUUUGGUUAUGGUGGAUUUCAUUUUCAGGAUAACUUCUUCAGGCUGUGUGAAACACUGGUUUGUCAUUUAAUCAAGUCUGAUCAAGUUAAAGGAGGAGGAAAAGAAGUUUUGUGGUUGAUGCGAUCAAAACCACUUUUACUUUAUUACUUUUUAUCACUUCUCCUUGUGUUUUUGUAGCCCAGAGGUGAUGAACAGUCAUGUAUGUGGCGCGUAUGUCCACAAUCAGACUGAAAGUGUCCACUUUCUUGCAACAAACCAUUUUGUUCCUCUGUGUCUAAUCUAUUUUUUAAGACUUGCACCUGCAACCUAUAACCCAGACAUUUAAUAUGAUAUGCUGAAAGUACCUCAUGGGAUCACCUGAUCUGUGUCUCCAUGCAGCCAGCAGAUGGGUUGGGCACAUCUUGGGCAUCGCUUCCCAGCAGUUUUGCCUGCCAACUGGCAAGAUCCGUCACCAGACGUGUUUGUGGUAAUCUGAGAGAGACGGGCCGGGCUGCGGCGGCUCUGACUUUCAUCACACCUGUGCUAAAAGUGUGGUGAAAAGCAGCAGUCCCAUCUUCCCCGCCUUCACCUCCCUCCCUUACUCCUGUAAGGGAACAUUGAGACAGCAGUGGAUCAGAUGGGCUCACAUCCUGUCAGACUCAUCAGAUUUCAAGACGACUGAGUGCUUUUGUCAGACGGACUCCAGACGUCUUCCCUCUUUCUCUCUAGAAAGGUUAUCAGGGAUAGUGUGUCUCAAGAUUUGUCCGCCCCAGGAAACAAAAGCAUCAUUGAUACCUCUAUGGCUCUUAUGCUAAUGCUAAUGGUGUACAGUACUUGAUUUAUGUGAUUGUAGGGUGAUUGAAAUAUGAAGUCCAAGCCUGGAAUCCAAACCAGCAGGCCAGAAAGAGGGAGACGACAAGUCUGAAGCUUCUUUCAUGAAAACAGCUCCGUCUUCAGCUCCUCCUCUCAUCUCCUCCGGCUCCUCUCUCACUGCCCUCUGUCACACAUGUCAUUCUUUCCCGACACCUGUCUGCCCUUCCCUCUUGUCUCACCGUCCUGUCUCCUUCUCUGUUGGGUGAAGCUGUUUGUUUUUUCCGAGGUUUGUUUAUGGGGGGAAGGAAUACCCCGCUGCUCCAGGCCUCCUCUAGUCUUUCAGCUCAUCACACAAAACAUGACAGGCCUCCUUCUCUUUGGUGCCGAGAUGAGCUGUUUCUCCUGGUUCCCCCAUGGGGAGUCAAAUUUUUUUUCUGCUUCACUCUCCUUCUUGAACUUCACUUCAAGACAGCAGAUCGAUACAGAGUGCGCAAGCAAACAGCUACCUGCUUUGGGCCUUGUACACAAACAUUGUGUAAUUUUGCAGGGGUGAUGUUGUUCGAGGUUAUCCGUCCAAGAGGAAUGAGAGUUUGAGUGAAUUCAGUUAUUUCUAAGUAUUUUUUUUUCCACAUGUAAACUGUCCUUGAAUGGAAAUUUGGCGUUAACUCAAACAGCCUCUUUAGAAAUGAUUGAAUAGGUGCUCAAGGCGAAAAAUUACAAACCAAAGCAAAAGCAAAUUUGCUUUGGAAGAAAUCCCAAACUUCCAAGUACCUGUGAAUCUGAUUUGCGAUUAUUUCAUUAACUCUGUUUAAUACCCAUGUAGUCUGCUAUGUUUGGACACCUCAGCUUGUAAUUAUUGCAGUAAAAUUAGCCCUUAAUUCGCAGUGAAAAGGGGACUUUGAUUGGCCCGUAAAAGGAAGCAAUGUGAAAUCAGACACUGACGACUUGUAGCUUGUAAUUAUGCUGUUUUGCUGACACACAGUGUAAUUAUGUUGCUCACUUUAGCGAUGAUGCGUUUAACACUGAAGUGUUGCCUGUUAUAACGUCUGUGAAGGAGAAUUUGGAGUCUCGGAGAUGCAGUUUGAGGGUGUUUUUUUGCUGGUAUGUCUUUCAUGGUUAUUCCUGCAAGCAAAGGCUGCAGACCAAGUUUUCUUGAAGACUUGGAAAGGAGAGGGUCAUGGUAAUUUUUUAAUACCAGUAAUCAAACUGGGUGGUCUACCCUUUGAGGGGCUUUGAGGACUCUGCUCAGCACAGCCCGCUCUCUAUUUCACAUUUUUUUCCUGUUGUUGUUUCAUAUUUCAGUCCGUCAUGCUUCUCCUUAUUUUGAGCAUUUAGCUUUCUCUUUGGAGUGUUUCAGCACAUCAGAUAACCUCCAGGUAAAACAGAAAAACCUUGAGUUCAUACAAACACACACACACACACACACACAGAGUCAGGAGCUGUUUUUGUUUGGCUGCUGUGUGCAAGUUGUGUGUAUUCCUUUCUUCCCUUUUUGUCUCUUGCAGGAUGGAGUUAAGACUGAAUCAGCUGUUCACACAACCUUCACACAUGCACACAAACACUCGCAGCACUCAGACAUGCACAAAAGCCCAAUUGCACGGUUGCAAACACACAUUUUUGCUCACAGAAAAAAAAAAAAAAAGCGCUCACACACCUAAAGAGGGGGCUGUGCCUCCGGGGGCCACGUCAGUUACCUGCUGACACACAGGCUAGUGAUUGAUGAGACGCCGGGGGCGCUGGAGUAGACUUUGUCAGCUGCUCAUAAUUUAUACAUCUUAUCUCCAUCAGAAGAAAAGACAGAGUGCCGCGUUGUGUAUAUGGAGAUGAAAACGCUGGGCUUGUUUAGGCGGCGGUGACAGGGUAGCUGCUAGCUGUUAGCCACGCCACGGAGUGAUAACUCAGAUUGCUAUCUGUUAGCUUUCUCACCGGGUCCCUCUGUGGCCUGAGCCUUCACUCUUUACCUGUGACGACUCCUCCGUCUGUCAGUCAUCCUCACUCACUUUCAUUCCCUCUUUCUCUCUCAUGUUUCCCUCUCUCUUUGUGUCUCCUAUCCUCCCCUCUGUCUCGCUCUCUUGUGUCUCUAUUCCUCCAUCCUGUGACCCUCUCUCUCUCUCUCUCUCUUCUCUCCUCUCUCCUCUGUCUAUCUCUUGUCACAUUCUCAGGCCAGACAGGCCCAAGCCUCUGCUGAAAGCUGCUGGCUCUUCCUCAGUCCGCUCACAGGGCGAAGGUCAGGGCGGAGGCCGGGCUUGAGUUACGGAAUAAUUAGCUCUGUCAGCGUCACGUUGAAAUCAAUGAUCAGAUGUUGUGUGAGGGUGGGCUAUAUUUGUUUUAGCGUUGAACAGCAAAGGCAAAACUACUUUGGAUAUUUAGGAGGGCAGAAGUGAGGCAACUGUCAUACUGGUACAUGUUUGGCAUUGUUUUGAAUAAAGACUCUUUUUUCACUCUAAAUUACUGCAGAUUAAAGGAGGAGGAACAGAAAAAAAGACACAGUCUUUUGUCUUACAAACAAACGCAGCAUCUUUUGAUUUAGCGUUUGUUUUAUAUUUUUAUUUCACCGUAGUUCAAGCCGACAAACAAAGACACGAACCUUUGCUCCGUACACAGACCUUGUCAGUGGUAAAUGAAUCUGACUCGUGUUGCCCUGUACACUCAGCGUUUGAUUUCUCCUUCCUGAAUGUGAAAAGAAAGUUUACCAACCCACAGAACUUCACCUUACUCUCCUCCGAUUGUGUUUUUAGCUCGCUUUGUUCUCACAAAUUGCGUUCAGAUGUUUUUAAGCGUGUCAGUUAACUACUGCAUCAGCAAAACAACUUUGAUUCCAUAACCCCUUCCCACUAUUGAUCUUGCCUUGUAGAUAAAAGAGCGCUCUCUCUGAAAUCAUGCAUUUUUCAUUGUGGUAUCAAUGGCAGCCUUUGCAUUUGGCAUCCCACUUAGCUUAAAGCUAUACUCACAAAUGCUGUCUGUUUUGCUUUAUUGAUUCAGAGGGUUUGCAUCUUGUACAUUUGAGAUAUCAGUCCCUUGGUAUCAUUUUAGUUGCUCUUUGAUCACCCUGAUUGCUGCAAACACUCGCAAAGAAUCAAGCAAAUUAGACAAAUGACUGUGUUUUGCUGGAGUUGAGCAUUAUGCGUUGUAUUUAAUAUUCAAGUUGGAACGCUUUAAGAUUAUUAAGAACGUGUGUUUUGUAAUUUAAAUCCCCGUGCAGCUAAGGCUACAGCCGCAGACAAGCAGAAAUGAAACACUGCAAAACUCACUGAAUGCAAAACUCCUUUUCUUGAGGACAUUUCUCUACCCCGGUUUUUAAAAUGUUCAUACCGUAUUCUUACCAGACAUACACCUUGAGGGAAAAAUUGAGAAUAGAAGUCGAAUAUUACCUUUCCCACCAAAUAGUAGUUGGCAUUGUGCUGCUGACGCUUGUCAGGUGUUAAACAACACUUUGGACCAAGGACAGACAAAUGAGAGAGUCCUCCUCUCUAAUAGAAUCUAAAAAGAUGAAAAAUAUAGUGCAGGAGGCAGGAAGGACUAGUCAAAGAGGUGACCAUCAGCAUCUCAGCGGCGUGGUUUGGCAGCCUCCAGCCUGCCAUGGUGUAAUUGGAGAGAAAACAUAUAUGGGAGCAAAUAACCCCCUGUCAGGGGCAUUAAAAGGAGAUGUUGUGACGACUGAGAGCCCUGCCAGCUGAGCACGGCAAAGUGGAGAGGAAGAAUAAGGCCCAUCAAAUGGAAAAACCUGCUCGGAGAAACCGUACAUCCAAAUAUUCCAGAUAAUUGUUGACUGGUAGAGGAAAAAGAGUAUCCAUGUUUGUUUGGGGAACUUUUCCAGGAGAGAAAAACAGAUAUUUGUCACUUUUGUCAGUUUUUUUUUUGUACCUGUAGCUGUCGUCUUUUGAUUGAUUUGACGUGUGUAGUUUUGAGGAGUGUAAUUUUUAAAAUGGUAAAGGGUAACAUCAGUCCUUAUUACUCUGGAGCAACAUAAAGGUGAUUGAAACAAGAAGGAGAAUAUGGCUCAAAAGUUCUCCCUAAAACGGCUCGGGGAACAUUUUGUUAUUCAAACGCACAGAUAGUUUUACUCAGUGGGAGCUGACAUUAUCAACAAUUUAAGUUUGAAAUUGGAAGAAACACAACUUUUCACCUUAUAUGAAUAAACAGUGUCUGAUUUCACUGUUUUUAUGUGCAGUGUUCGGUCUUUUAGAAAGCAAGUCGCUCCAUACCGUGAUGUUUUUGCAGAUUGGAGGACUUUGUAAAGGGGCCCCUGUGGUGCCAUUGUAACUCGCCCUCACUCUCCAAACCUUUGUUUGCCCGCUGAAUCAUCUAAGGUUUGGGCAUUGCUUCUCAAAUUAUUGAAUUAUCUAAGCCUCUCCAUUGUGCCUUUUUUUUCCUAUUUUCUCUCCCAUGCCUCCUUCUUGAUCAUCACAAAAGAAUUUGCCCGUCUCUCCUGAACCUCCCCUGCAUUUUAAACCUGCCUGACCUCGCCAUUCAACCGAGCGUGUCAAAAUGUUAAUGAGGAUCCCCCCAAAAGCGCUCAGAGGUUAAAUAAAGUCUUCAUAAGCUGUCGGUCAGAAUUCAAUAAUUUAUUUACUUGGCAUGUUUCCACUUUCCCUGCCACUCCGCCUCACUUCUUGUUUCUAUCCGGGGACAGGGCUUGUCUUGUUGUGUUUUGUUUAAUUUUUUUGUGUGUGCAGGCAGCUGUGCAGGCAGCCUUUUGUCUGUGCGCGAGAUUGCUGCUUUAGCUCCAUGGCCCCUCUCAUUAAUCAUCCGGUCAGACUAUUUAUAAUGCAGCAGCCAAGCCGCCACCUCGGUUGCCAUUGGCUUUUGUCACCGUGGCACUCUGUUUUGUGGCAGGAGGAAGCCUAAUUAUUAACUGUUCAGAUGACAGGCAGCGCUGUUCCAUCAACACGGCUGGCUGACAGUCAGACUGAGGUGAUAGCCCGCAGAGCAGCUCCAAAAACAACAGCAAAUUGAACGGCGAAAUCAGAUUUUCUUAAUCUGAAAAGUGUAUUUUGACACUUUGAAUUAAACUUGAUCCCUUUUUAAAAAACAGAACAUGAAAACUUCUCCGAAACCAGAGUAUGAAAACUGCCUGAAGAAAAAUUAAAAAUGUCAAAGCGAGCCGCUAAUAUGCAUGAACUUGCACCUUUCGCCUGCCAAGUAUUUUUCUCAAAACAACCUGCAAACGUUUGCGGUAAACACACACUCUCGAAUCGGUUAAUUAUUUUCUCUAAUUAAAUCCUGUGGAAAAUUGCAGCUGUCAUUAUCUGCUCUUGAGUUACCUCAACAUUUUAUCAACAGUGCCCUUUAAUUUUGUGUGAAAUGGUUGUGGCAGACGCUGCCAGUCAUGAAGCCUGUUUUCUUAUUAUUAAUCACUUAUGUUCAUGCUGGGUACUGAUAUCAAACUAGCAUGAAUAAUUAAAUCACUCGCUGCUUUGCUUUGCUGCGCAAUUCCAUAUCUCGCAAAUCCAAAGAAGAUUAAGAUGGCGCUGGACUUGAAGUGUCAAAAGGAUGUAAUAUGUUUCCUUUUUGUGGCGGAGAAAAAAAGAAUUAGUGAAAGCCUCCUGCAGAAUGACAGUCUUUGUUAUUUGUCUUCUGACUUCCUAGCAGACAGCUAUCAGGAAGAAAGAGAAGUCACUGUGCACCGCCGAGAGAAGAAAAUAUGUGAGUCAGACUUUCCCCUCCUCCCUUCCUUCCCCAAAGCUUGAGAUCCCCCUUCCAAAAAAUGAAAAGGAUCAAGUUGCUGUCACUGUCACCGAACAAACAUAAACUUUUCUGGCACCCAAUAAAUAGGCAGUGUGGCAUUGUUCUCAAAGCCAGACAGGUGUGUCUGCCUGAGCGAUGAUGGAUUCCAUUAUUCUGUAUGGAAAGCCUGUUGGCUUUCUUGUCAUAUGUUGUCACACAUCUCUCUCCGGAGAGAGAAAGGUUUGAAAGAUGGCCAAAAGUAAUUACACAGACGCGUCCCUGAUGCUGUUGCCGUGUGUUUUUUUCCUGUUCAUCACUGCUGAAGGUAAAAAAAAAAAAAAAACUGUUACCCACAGCUAUAUUUCACAGGGAGACGAGGAGUGCAGACAUGUCGGUGCUCUGCCGCUCUCCUUGUUGUGUUGAUUGCUAGCUCAUUAACCCGUCAGGUUUAUUUUUCCAAGCUAUGAACAUGAGCUUUGGGAAAGGGCCCUUGGCAGUUUUACUCAUCACUAAGGUGGAGCAGCAGGCCCUGAUCCGGGUGUGUGGUGAUGACAUUAUUUGCACCUGAAUGGCAGGUACAUCAACAUCUCCUUGUAAACGCAUCAAAGGAGAGACAGUGGCACCUUUGUUCUCCUCGCAGCCCACUUGGGUUGCUGACAGCUCGCUGAUUGAUAUUAUCAUUCUUAAUGUCAGUAAAUAGUGCCAUGCCAGAUAGAGAACCCGUUUCCUCUUGGUACUGGAGAGCUCAUUUAUCUUUCCGCGGCUCACACUGGCAUAUGCCGAAAUUGGAGCCGGAAGUAGUCUUCCAUUUCAGUCCAAAAGAGAUGUGUGUGUGUGUGUUUUUCUUCCUCCCCUCACCGUCUCCUAAUCUGCUCCCUCUGUCUCGCUUUCUCUUCUUGUCUCUGUCUUGCUGGUAAUUUUGAUUCUGAGUGAGUGAGACUUAACUGGGAGGAAAGAUAGAGCUUAAGUCAGUUGUAAUAUGUUAGGACAACUCUUGAUUAGAUUCUGUCAGAGUGAGGUCUUGCUGUGUCUCUCCUGCUGCAGUCUGCCCUUCCUGGAACAUUGGUUUCGCCACGAGGUCGCUCAUGAGCCCCUCUCUGUGCGUUUGUUACCAAAAUAAAAUCCUCGUCUGAGUGAUACUCCUUCCAAGCCGUAUAGAUUUAUCAUUUUUCCCUUGUAUGCGCUGUAUUUUCCUGCUUUGAAUAGGCCACGCAUCUAAUGAGCUGUUGCAGAGGAAACCGGAUAAAAAGAUGCCUUUUUACAACCAUACAGUGGCCACCAAAGGUCUUCCAGACAUCAAACUGAAAAGGUUAAACACUGACAGUGAACAUGCCUAACAUGCCGGGUACACAACCUCCACUGAACAGCAACAAAUGAUGGCAUUUGGAAAAAGAAAAGGAUCCGGGAGAAAGUCAAGGUUUUUUAUUUUAAUUCUUGACAAGAAUCAGAAGAGAAUUGGUCCAAAAAAAGCCACAGAAAUUAAGCACACACACACACGCAAACAGGGCCUUUGCGACAAGCACGCAUUCAAAGCACCUAGCUCCCUGUUUUUCUACCGCCCCUCCCCUCUCCAAUCCUGUUACCCCCUACCCUUUGCUAUUAUGUUGACAGACAGCGCUGAUAUCCUCGGAGCUGCUGAUAGAUGCGUCAUAUCUCUCGGAGAAACGGGUUUGUCCUCAGCAGGUGAAUACGCGGCCCCCUCAUCCUUCGAGCAGACAGACACACAUGACACUUUUCGACACUCUCUCCCUGAUAGCACUUUGGCAUGCAGGCAGAAUCAAAGGGGGCAUCUUUCACAUGCAAUUAGAGCAGAAAAUAAAGACGAUGAAGUGCGGCGCACAAAGGAAAAGCUGGGGAUCAGAAGGCUGUAAUGAAAGGUGAUUAGAAAGUAGAGACCCCAGCCAAUGAGCCGCAGCGAAGCAGGGAAACAGACCCAUGCUAGCAGGCUUUUUCUAUUGAAGACACUGUUAGACGUUAUCAAAGCUAAUAAUGACAGACAGACACAACUCAAAAGUAUGCUAGAUCAGUGUCUGUUCUCAUGUGUCUGUGAUGGUGGGCAGAGAUUGGGUGUAUUAAUAUCAACAGUUAAAGGAAAUCUGUCUUUUUCUAUUAGAUUUAGUGUAAAUAAAAAUGUCAGCUUUAUUUUAGGUCUUAACUUUUGUCCCUCAAAAGUGGUCAAGACUUUGAAGUCCUUGAAAAGUCUUUAAAAGUCUUAAAUCAAAUUCAAUUUAAAGGAUUAAAAUCUAACAGCCUAAAAUCCCACUUAAAGUCUACGCGUGAGUCUUACGUUUUUGGUGACACUUAACUGAGACAUCAUUUGUGAAAUCUACAGUUUCAGAAUAUCGUUUCGUCAAUUCUUCUUGUGAAUUUGUCUGAUUGUAAGACAGCUGACAGUCUUCAUGCAGCACUUCCACCGUAGUUGAGAGUGAAGAGAGGAGGAAGAUGAGAGGAUAUGGCUUUGAGGUGAAAAAAAAGGGGGCAACAACAGUUGUGGGGUGACUUGAAAGAUAUGCAAAAUAGUUUUUAAGCGUGGGGUUUUGAAUAUGCCACGCCUGCUUGUCCUUUGUUCCUCUGUGUUUUUGUCUUUGAAAGCUCUUUGAAAGUCUAAAAUGACUCAAAAACUGUGCAGCCACUUUAAUUUUCUAUACUGUUCUGAAUUUCAUGUACAUUUUGAGCACGUUGUGCCGUCACUGCUUAAAUGAAGAACCCAAACUAAGCUUGGAUUCAUGCUUCAAUUAAAACUAUACAAAAUUAUUAAAAUGUAGACCAUAGUUCAGCAACACAGCACAGAAAGUAAACUGGGAACUACUCACAGCUGCGAAAUUAAGUUCUGGAUGAGUGCAUGACAGCUGCAAUGCAAACAGACCUACAAAUGUAAAUAUUUGUUUAAAUCCUGUGAAAGACAUGCUGCCUUUGGUCGAUGAAGUUUAAUGGUCCAUAUCAAUUCAAAGUUAAAUAAUGUCAAUCCACAAAACUUUAAAGUGUGCCAACACUUAGUAAUGAAACUCAAACAGCUCAGUUCCUGUACUGAAUGUACUGGUUUACAGUUGAAUGUACAAAAUCUUGCUACAGGUAAUUGGUGAUUACUUUCUAGACGUUAAAUUACAAUGGAGUAUUAGAGCCACAUUAUAGAAAAUAAAAAAUAGAGAAUAAAGUUGAGAAUUUAUGAGAUUGAUAUAAUAAUUUAAGUUUUCUGAUGUUUAUGAAAUAUGCUGAAAUUUAUAUUGUUGCUUUUUAAUGACAUUCAAAAGUAAUUGACACCGUCAGGGGCAAGAUUAACAAAAUUUGAGCUAGGGGGCAGUCGAGCAGCUAAAGAGAGCACUCUGUUUUUACAGUUUUCAGGUUAAACAUUCUCAUCAAUUAUUUAAAAGCCAGAAGCGUCAAAAACACUACUCAAGAUAAACAAAGACUGCUUGUCCACAGGGGGCGCCAAAGUCAACACAAAUGGAAGGUUCCUAAUAGGAGCUUUAAUAACUACUCACUCUUUAAGCACGGGAACACUUCAUUGCCAUAUGAAUUAGGACUCUCCUGAGACUAUCCUGUAGAAGUACAGGCUAUUAGGCUGCUGCACACCUCUGCAGUUGAACUUUCCAAAACAAUCUGUGUUCCUUAUAGAAGAUCCAUUUUACAUAAAGAUUAACUAUUGUCUGUAAUAUCUCAUGCUUCUCACUUAGUUACACCUGUACUUCUGUAAAUGUACGACUUUUUUCCCCACUGAACAACAAGCAUCGUCAUCUUAUAAGUUUGUUUAGUUACCUGCCAAACUUAUAAUCCCACUGUGGAUGCUACCAGCUCCCUCACUGUCAAAUCCGUCUCUUUUUACUCCUGUCUGCGCGCCGUUCCUGCUCCUCUCUGUCUUUCUCCACUCCUUCGUCCUCACAAAAAGAAAAAAAAGCCAGCCAUCCUGCUGGGUACUGAGUGAGUGAGUGAUGGACGUUUGUUUCACUUCUACAGCUAAACUGAAGGAAAGAAGGACCCAUUCCUCCGCCUGCCAUUGCCAGCUGUGAGUGGUUGUCAGGGCUGGGGCUGGUCCAGGGCCUGCUAAUGGUGCUGUCUGUCUCAGUCAGGUCCUUGAGACAUCGAGUCCCUCAAGAGACACCGAGCUUUCAGAGUUUGACUGGAAUUAAGCACCUGGUGAAUGAACAGAGGGCAACUAAGCUGUCAUGGAUGAAAUCAUUGUGACAAUUACAAAUACAGUUUACAUCUUAAGAGGCUGUAUUUGAAGACGUUUUCAUGCACUCUUAGCCGGCUGAAUGUCGGGAUUAAUCAUUUCAAGAGCCAGUGGAUUUGUGAGAAGGACGUUUGUAUACAAUAGCUGCUUGUUUGCUUUAUACUAGUUGGAUUAGAUAUUGAUUAUCAUACCAAAAGGAACCUCGACCAAAAAACACAAAAAUAACAUUGACACAGAGGAGGAUCCCAGGGGCUUCCACAAACAAACAACACUAAUUCAAUGCUUCAGCGGUACAAAAGCCCAUUCAAUCAAAGCGCCAAAUAACAUCCUUGUCAAGCAUCUGGUAAAUGGGUUAUUUGGCACCUUAACAACAAGUUGCAGUUCGGGCCCAUUCAGAUUGUCAGCAGACACUACAGGCACGCUGUCUGAGAACGAGAGGCUUAGCGAGACGGGGGCUGCAGGGGAGCGCAGGGGGCUGCCGGAAAGUAAAAAAAAAAAAAAACAGCAGCACUGUAGCUAUUACAGGAUGUCAGAGAAUAUGCUUAAUUGAAAAUGAUUAAGGCCCUCGUAAAAGCCGAUCAAGUCAGGGUUUGGGGGAGAAAGCGCAAUUGUGCCGCAUAAUCCUGCCUGCCGCUGUUCUUUCAUCUGGAUGAAGAGAUCAAAAAAGGAGGGAUUUGUAAAGGCCAGACCUCCCUGUGUCACAGCCAGUGAGCUCAGCUCUCCUCUUCGGUAUCCACUCGUCUUUUUAAACACUCUAUUCUCUCCCACAGUCCUUCUGGUCAGCUUGAGUAAAGUUGCAUUUUUACCGGGUAUCAGUCUGCGUUGUGUUUAGCAUGUGGAUCAUGACGAGGGCUUGUGUGACAGCGUGUUUAGAGAUUGCUCAGUAUUGCCCUUCAUUAUCUGACUUCAAAGAAAAAGACACACAAAUGCGCAAACACACACACACACACAUACAUAUACACACACAAGCUGAGGGCUGUACUUCUAUGUCUCUCUUUAUCCGUCUUCCAAAAGAGAGCGAGAAAACAACAAGAGGCUAGAAAGCGGUCUGAAAUGAAAGCUAGAGGGGCCUAGAGAGAGUCAAAGUGAGACACACAUAAACAUUCACUCACAUAGAGGAAUCAGCUGUGAGCCCGAUGGAUCUGAGUUAGUAGGAGGGGAGGGAGGGGGUUACACUGCCCUUAUGCCCUCUCUUUGAAGUGAGGCACAGGCCGUAUGUACAGGCCCCAGAGAGGGGCAUGUCUACAUCCCCCCCAUAGGCUGGCUAAAGGCAGCGGUCCGAGCAGAGCAGAGAAAAGAGGAGAGCUUCCUAACUGGGCGUCUUUCUCUUCACGCAUUUACUUCAGUGAUUUUGUUAAGAGAAAAACUGCUAAAGGCAUUCAUAUUCUUACUCGAUUUUUAACGUCUGCGAUAUUUAAAGCGUGUAAUUUCACUUCAAGAAGGCAGCUCCGUGUCGUUUUUCGCAAUGGUCUUGAUAAAGUUGUUUUAAAGAUUUUCUAACAACCCCUGAAAGCCGCGAUCACUCACUUUGAAUGUGAUAGCAUGCAGCCCAUUCAAACUGCCCUUUAAAAGAUCAGUAAUGGCCCUCACUAUUUAUCUUAAGAUUGAUGUAAAAUAAAUUUUCCCAAACAGCAACAUGAGUGAUGGCUGUUUAGUUCUAGUCUCAACAGUUAUGUUUAAGUCAGCGGACGAAGAAGGAUUGUGUCCAUUUGUGUUGAGUGCAACACCAUUAACCUCUAGCCAGAUUAGCGGGACGGAAGAAAAACUCUGAGCAGACGAUUUCUGUCACUGUAAUGUCACACUGUUGUUCUCAGCUGUCGGGGCAGGGCUCAUAGAGCACUCCUUGUAAACACACGCACAUUCACUUUGAUGGACUGUUCCCAGCUUGUGAGCUUACUCGGCUCACGGGUUGGGUGGGAUACAGUGAGACGGUGUGAGGUCUUGUCUGGUCUGGUCUCGGCCACUCGUGCUCUGCUCUGGCCUCGGGGAAUGUUUGGCGUGAGAUAAGGCUGUGUUUGAAGAGGAGCUCCAGAUGCUCGUAUAUUACAGGUUGUCUUGUCAUGCCGCAGAUAAAGCCUCAGAGAAGCUCCUGUCGCCAGGCCGUACCACACACAGACACACACUCACAGGGAAGAUAAAUGUUUACAGGAGGCAUUCACCCAUCCACAGUGUCAUGCUGUGGAUGGUCGGGCUGUCAGAGCUCAAACAUUUUUAGGCUGUGUCUCACGUCUGCAGCAUCUCGGUUUUGACAGCGUGUUAUAAGAAGUGCAUCACUUCCUAUAAACAUAUUAUUACAUUUCCUCUGGUUUGAUGAUACUUCCACAGUUUCAUAUUUUCAAGAUGUUGUGAGCCUUAACAAACUCCAGCACUUCCCAGUGAAAGGUAUACCAGCAGGUCACCAAUGUUCGAUGGCAUUUGACCGCACAAAAUCUCAAACUGAAGUUUCAGGGAAACUUCUAGUGCACACAUCCGAAAUAUGUUCAUUUCAGAGCUGCUGGCAGAGCUGGUGCUCCAUGUAUGGAGCAGAGUUAUUCAAAACCAACCUUUGGAAUUUGAUACUUAUACCAAUUUGAGCUUUAUAUUCAUUACUGAAAUGAUAUGUGAACUAAGCAGGUACUGGUUUGAUCAGAAGGCUAGGGCUGGGUGAUAUCAGAAAAAAAAUUUAUCACGAUAUUUUUUUUUCAUAUCAGUCAAUAUUGAUAUAUAUCACAUUAUAGAAAAUGAAAUCUAACAGUGCUUAUUGGUAGCAUGUCUUUUGCAACACAAUAAGCUACUGCAUCUGUGAGGUCUUUGUGUCCGUUCGACGUUUUGUCGUAAGGCGUUACGCUGUUCAAGUGCUAUGGUUGCAUGUAGCUGCAGCCUGCUACUACACAGUUGUUUGCUACUUGGUGCUAAUCCAGCACGUGAUUGGUUCAGUGAGAAGCGGACCCAGAGAAACUCUCCUUUUCAUUGGCUGUUUGUAUUGUCUGUGUAUUGCACAAAUAAACAGCUCAUUAGCAUCCUACUGGCUAGCUUAUAAAAUAACCUGCUGUGUUUUAUAGUCCUCAGAGGUGUCUGUAACUGAGGUGCUUGACAAGGUCUGAACGGUUUCCUCCCUUGUAUGUCACAGGUUUUGAUCAGUCAGGGUCCCAUGUAGGCAAAUUAGUCCAAAAAGAGACUUCAGCAGCUGGUUCUGUUCACUAGCAAAAGAUGUGGAAUGUUUUGUUUGUUUGUUUGUUUGUUUGUUUGUUUUGCAAGAUGACUCACUGUUAUUGUUGAUAGUGGACAUGUUCAGGAAGAGGCAUUGCUUUUCUUUCUUACGUGUUUCUCUCUGUCUAAAAAACUCUGACUAUCAGAUUUACAUCAGAUUUACAUCAGAGCCACAUUGCCUAUAUUAACCUGUACAUUUAGAAUAAAAAAUAACUGAAAAGCUUUAAGUGGCACAGAGGUAACAGAGGUAAUCACUGGUCCUGGCGUGGUUUGGUGCAUGUCACCUUGUGUGUAGUUCUGGAUGAAAUUGUCUUUGGAUUUAAUGUUAAAAUGGUUUGACAACAUCCCAAGCACACUAGCAAGUUAACACCCAUCAGUAUCAGGGAAGAUCAUGGCUACCUGGGAGUCAAACAGAUUGGCCAAAUUAACUGCAAAUGCAUAAUGUGUUUAUCUAAUAUAAAUAGUCUUUUAUCAGACAGUCUUGUGAGUAAUGAGAUUAUGAAAAGAAAGGAUUAUUAGCAGCUUUUGGAGGUAAAAUUAUUCACAUUUUAGUAUACAACAAUCCCAUUUUCUCAGUGCAUACCACUCAUCGAGGUGUCAUCGUGUUUUUCCUUUCUUCACACUCGAUAAAACAAAUGCAAGGUUUUAACAUGACUCAACAAAGGUUAGAUUGUGAAUUUGUCACACUGCUAAAGAUAUACUAUCCUGCUGUAGUGUUCUCUACCUGACUGUCACGCCUGCCUUAAGUUUAUUAGGCCUGGAAAUAGCUUUUACUGUAGGUCAAAUCUUUACUGAGCAAAGCUGCAGUUUUUUAGUUUAUUUCCAGGAUGUAACCUGUUGAAAAGGCUCCGUCCAAAGAUAUUACAUUUAACUGCUUAUUGCCUCUUCUUAUUUAAUUUGGCUAACCUCUAUUUCUUUUAAUUAUGAGUGUUGUAAUCUCAUAUCCUUAAGGCAGAGACUGUACCCCGGCUCUCCAUUCAACCUUGAAUGAGUUUAUUCUUCUCUAAUAAGACAAGAGAUAGUGCAUUGUGUAAAGCAGAGGUAGGUUCCCCUCUGUCAUUAAGUCAUGUGUUUGCUAAAGUGGAAUGGUAUAUUGCCUGGCAUAAAACAUGGCGUGUCUUCAUUUGUCAGGCUCGUAGAACUGUGAGACAAACGAUGUUCAGAGUGUAUGUCUGAGGGCCCUCUGAGACCACAGCUGAGCGGCUGCUCACUGGUGCGUCUCUCAUGCUAAUGUCAUGGUCUCCCAGUCUAUCUGUCACCCCAUUACGCUAACAUCAUUAUGCACAGGGGCCUGUCUCUGGCGCUGAAAAGAACAGAAUCAUUCCUGUCUCAUUUUGAAGCAAAUUGUUUGGGGAACAUUUCUCUCUCUCUUUUUUCGAGUGGUAAUGGCGGGCCAAUCAUUUUGCGAGGCUCCAGGUAUGCAGAUGAAUGAAUAGCUAUUUGAGCUGUUUGGUGAAAGGACUUUUUGUAUUAUUCAUGAGAGGGAUGGUGUGUCUGAAAGAGAAAGUGUGUGUGUUUCCAGGGGUCUGUGUGUCUGUAUAAAACACAUGUAUAUUCACACAAGUACAGUGCACAUACAUUGUACAAGCAUGCCUGCUGUCUUCAUUUAUAAUCGUGAUUUGAAAUGUCCAAUUGAGAUAAAUGCACCAAAGGAAAGCAGCUGCUUUGGUUUGUAGGCUGAUUUGUUAAUAGUUGAUUUAUAUUUAAUAAAAAAAAAAUAUUAAAAUACUUUUUUUGUAUGAGCAUUUUAUAAUAAAGUUAAAAAAAAAAAAAAAUUAUACAAGCGCAAAUUCUGCAUAGUAGAGUUCAAAAGGUGACGUAACAAAGGGAUGCUUAAAAUUUAACAGGUAAGAAGUAAAGCGAGAUGAACAGUAAUUGCAGUGUCAGUUAGCAUACUGUAAAUGCCAACUCAGCUCGUUUUCUGUUUACCCUCGGCUGAUGGAUGUAUUGUGAAAAAAUUCACCCCUUCACAGAGUUCACAAUUUUCUCUUAAAUAGCCAUAAAAACCUUUAUUGAUUGGUCAACAUUAAAUUUUGCUGUCAACAUUAGCUUCAUUUUUCAGCACUGAAUGAUACCACUUGAUAUACUGUACAUAUUUGUGAUUGUUUUUAAAAGCGCUCACAGUUUUUUGAUUUUUAUGAUUUUUGGAAGGGAGUUCUAAAAUUUGGGUUCAGAGUUAAAAAGAGCCGAGCUGUAGGUGACGGUUUUUAGAUGAUCUGGCAGGUGUAAAGGAUAAGUAAGAGUAAGUUAUGUAGGCAGAAAAAAACAUCAAGAGCCUCAGAAAGCCAAAAACUUUUGUUCUGAAAGACUCCAGGAGCCAAAGUAUGAGAUGUGAUGUUUAGGCGUUUCUUUUUUCUGUAGCAGCCCCACUGCCACCUCACACCCCUGAUCAUACCCACAGCAGCAUGGCAUGACUUCAGUCCCUGAGCUGUGAGGUGUUUUAAGUAAGAUUAUUCCACUGUGAUCUUUUCCUUCUUUUUACUCGGAAUCUUUUCAUCUCGCCCCGCACAGGUUCAAAUCCAGGUUAAACCUUUGUCUCAAUCUAAAUCUCCCUGCCCUGGCAAACAGCACAAAUUCCAAUCUGUCAGCUCAGCAGAUUCCUGCUGCUGGUGUGCAACACUUCUGUAUGUGUGCCGCCUCUGUGUGUGGGAGGUAUGCUAGCCGUGCACCCACCUGCUAAUUUAGAGGCUUCAAUCAGCUCCGCUAACUGAGGAGACAACCCCGGGUUGCUGUAAUUGCCCUGGUGACAGUGCUUCUGCGAGAGGGGAAAAAAACCUUCUUCUGACUCUGUGUCAUCAUUUACACAGCGUUAUGAAUAGGUUAAUAAAAUAAAAUACUUUAAUUAUAGCUUUGUUGCGGUAUUGUUAAUGGCGCCAGUGCGGCUCGAAUAAACGGUACAGUUUGCACUAUUAAUUAUCUGCAAGUGAACUUGUUUAAAUGAUAUUUUACAGCCCCUUGAUAAAAUUACCGCUAGAGGCAAUGUAAUGAUAGACAGACAAAGGCCAUGCACGAAUUAUCAUAAACUAUUAGCUUGUUUCCAAAGGGUUUUAUGUUAAUCUUUUAGCGCUUAAGUACCCUGCAAUUAACAUAUCAGGAGGAGCUGCCUUCCAGCUAGGCUUGCAAAUUGAAGUCCUCAGAUAAAAAAGCUAUUGAGAUGAAACCCUGAAAGAGAAGAGGAGCUAUCGCAGUGAAGUGUGCUGGAAUUUUUUACUCGUGUGUGUGUGUGUGUGUGUGUAUGAAAGAGAGAGAGAGAGACUUUAAGAGCACUGAGACAAAGGAUGAGUGAAAAAGAGAGCAAGAUGCCGUGAGAGUGUCUGUGAUCAAGGAUGUAUAACAAUUCCAUUAUCUCUCUUGGGUGAUGACAUGAGAUGUCUCUUUCGGGCCUCUUUUGCUUCGUCUAAUGCUACACAGCCAAUGUGAGCUAUAGUAGAAUUCAAACAGCUCUCAUUGGCUGGGAUGGGGGCAUCUGAUGGAAUGUGUUUACAUAUGGAGCUUGUAGCUUGAUAUGUAAAUGAUGCAGCGCGUUAAAAAGGGAGAUAUGGUUCAUUGUUAGGUCUUCACAGACUGUGUUUUUUUAUGCUAAGCACAUUCACAUCAACGGAGAGAGCAUCUUGUAAAACAGACACUGCCUUUGGUGGGUUAAAUUCACAAAGGAGACCCAUGCUUUGGAAAAAAAAAACAUUUUUUUUCUAAUCAUUGGCAGCUUUGGUCUGCCUGCUAUGUAUUUGUACACAAGACAGCUAACAUGGUUGAAUUUACUAAAAUUAAAAUACAAAUCACAACAGUUGACUUUAAACAUAGAAAAGGGUCAUAUGGGUAUAAACAAGAGCAUGUUUGUAUUUUUAAGAAAGAAAAAAAUACUCUUUUUUUUUUUUAAUUUAAUACAGUUUAAGCUCCUUUACUUGACGUCUAUCUUUAUAACACAUUAUAAAAAUAUGUAUAAUGUGUUAAAAUCACGUUAUAGCACUGUAUAACUAUAGUUAUAAACACUGAUAAGUGAUCAUAAUGCUUUAUAGCAAUAAUCAUAACACAUUAUGAAGCAUCUUAACAUGAAUUACAAGGUCAGGUAUUAUAAUGUGUUAUGCUUAUUAUUACAAAACCUUAUGAUAAUUAAUGAGUGUUUAUAACUAUAGUUAUACAAGUUUGUAAGCAAAUUAUAACACAUCAUAAAUAAAUGUAUAAUGCAUUAUCUAUUUGAGCAUUGUCAGUGAGUUGUUAACAGUUAUAACAUAUUAUAAUACCUGACCUUGUGAGUCAUGAUAAAAUGCUUUAUAAUGUGUUAUGAUUGUUGCUGUAAAGAAUUGUGAUCAUUUACGAGUGUUUAUAAAUACAGUGCUAUGAUGUGAUUAUAACAUAUUAUACAUAUAUUCAUAAUGCGUGACAGAGAUAGGCGUCAAGUAAAGUGUUACCGAAAUUUUUAGCUCGUGUUGAUUUUGGUGACUCCUGUGGACAAAACAAUACCUCUUGUAGUAUUUCAUAACACAAAUGUCUCAUCUAGUUUAAAUAUAAAACUUAUUUUGAAUCUUUGGUGUAAAAUAAAUAAUAGCAAAGGGUUGUUUAGGCAGUUAAUCAACACCUACCCUGCGGCAGUGGCUUUAAGGCAUUCAUAAUAAUGAUAAUAAAGAGGUUAUCAGUGUUGUUCCUGCUGAUCUUAUUUGUUCAUCAGGCCAUAAAAAGGCAUCAGUAUUAAUUUGAGUCUGUUUCAUGACCGGUAAAUUACACCUCACAGGAGCUUUAAGUUUGUUGUUGUCUCCUAAAUCAUAAGCUCAUGACUCUUCUUUUGCAACUCGGACUAUCUUGCCCUCUCACUUUCAAAAGCAAAUCAUAGUCUAUAAGAAUAAUGAAUUGAUCAGCCAUUACCUAUGGCAUUGAGUACGUUCUACUGCACAUCAGUCCUGACUCAGUGAAACCAUAUUGCCCAUGGAGUGCUCUGAUAUUUUCCUCUAUCACCAGGAGAUAGAUGAUUUCUCUGAGGCCUUAAUCUCAUGUUAAAGAUUUGUUGGCCUCUAGAAGUCAGGCCAUAGCAUUGAGAUGCCUCCUCUGAUUUAUAUUCACUGGCAUGGAAGGGGGGGAGCCGAGUGCACUAUCUGCAAAGCAGAUGCUGUAGCAGUGCCCUUGUACUAGGUUUUAUAUCUCACCUAGACUUAAAAAAUAGGGAAUAAAACAGGGUCACAUCCAAGAGUUCUCUAUUAUUUCUCUGUCUUUUUCGUCCUCUAUUUGUACAACACAAUUCUAUUAAAUAACAGCAUAAGGGAUAACCCGACAAAAGCAUAAUAAAAAGUAUUAAAGUGGGACAAUUCCACUAAGAUUUCAAUACCUUCCACAACUGACUGUUAGAGCAGAAAAGUGGGAGAGAAAUAAGGAAAAAUAGCCGGCCAGGACCUUGAUGAACGCUGCCUUUAAACCAAAUUCCUGUCUGUCAGCUCCUGUAAUUUAUGGAGCAGAGAUUACAAAGCUACCGAUACAAUAAAUUAAACUGAUGGACAGAAUUAUGCCCAGUGCUUCCUGCUCUCCCCAAUGACGCACACUAACUUAGCACUGCCUGACAAUGAGUGUGAUUUACCACCCAGGCAAGAGUGGAGAAGGGAAAACAUUCACAGGCAGAGGCGCCCAGGCCUCACUUUGGCCCAGAGCCUAGUGAAUAAAACCCGGCUUUAAUUCACCCACAAACGUGUCGCCAUUAAAGGACUAAGAAUAGGGAUUGCAGAUCAUAAAUACUCCCUGAUUUACGAGCUAACAACAAAGAGCAAAAACCCAGCCAAGGAGAGGGAGAUUGUUUGACAGAACGCUGUCAAGGAGAGAAGAAGAGAGGAAAAACACACUCAUUCCCUCGUUCUCACUCACAGACACUCCAAGCUAAAUCUGACCAAGGGAUGUAGCCCAGCCCUAUCUCCUGCAGCGGCGUAGGAGCAGAUGUGUCUGCUCUCUUCUCAAUGUGUGACAGACAGAAAAGAUAAACAGAGAGAAACGCAGAAGAGAGAGAGAGCGAGAGAGAGAGAGAGAGAGAGAGAGGGAAGUAAAGGGAGCAGGAGCUGGCACGGCACUGGCUAAUUUAUCUAGCUGAGAGACAGAUUAAAGAGAGAGGAGAGUGAAACAAAGUUCCACUGGCUUAAUCAGCGGACAGCCUGCUAGCAGAAGACAUGAUAAAUCAGAGCGGGUCCAGUCCAGGAGAAAGCCUUCAGCUCUGGGAGGGAUUGGGAGACAUCCUCAGCCAAACAGCAGUAUCUUUUACAUGCACUGUUGUGAAUAGCAGCUCCCAAACUCACUCUGUAUACAAUCGCAAUCGAUACUCAUUGCUAUUGUUUGAGCAAACAUUGUUAUACAGUAGCUCUUCUGCUUGUACUUUGUUCUGACACUGUUAUUUUUAGUAGUGCAUGAACAAUCCUGCUCCGCGUUGUUGUGUAAACAGGACAAAGGGACACGAAGGGCCGCAAGUUUCCCCCCCUUUGGUUCUUGAGUGUCUUUCUUUAGCUUUGUGUCUGACAGGAGGACUAACCUAAGGGCCUAACCCAGGAACAGGAAAAGGGGCUUAGAUAUCCCUGUGUCAUUAGUUCACUGCGGGGUCACAGCUGGGCCACUCAGAGCAUGAUUACACCCCUUGAUUUAUCUGCUUUGGAGCCCAAACACAGAUAAAUCUUCGAGCUCAUCCCCGCCGUGGGAUCCUCACUGUCUGAUAAACGGCGCAAGCUGAAUAAACAACCACCACCCCCACAAACACCCAGCCCCUCAUACAUAAUGAAUAAUUCAUCCAGAUUGUGAGCUCUGUUAAAUGUUUAUAUUUUGUAUCUUAAAUGUCUUUUAAAAAAAAAAAAAAAAGAAGAAGAAAGUGAAAAGGUGCCUUCAUGAUCUCGACGCGAUCGCGGGUUCGCGUCUUUGAUGAAAUGCUAAAGAGGCAGAGGUUGGCGGACAUUUUGUUUCCUGGCUGUAAACUUUAUUCCCUCACCCUGGCUGUCCUCCUCCGGCAUCGUCACAUAAAUAAACUUUAUGCAAAUAUGUCAUGUGUUAGAGCGCACCGCAGCUUCUGCAAGAUAUUGGCCUGUCUGCGACUUUAUGACGAAGUUUGAAAUCAUUCAUUACGCUGACCCCUGCUGUAAAUUCACUCCCUGGAAAACUGCCCCGGCUCUCCUGUUUUGUGUGUUGAUGCGAUCACGAGUGCAUUUUUAACUUAAUUAAUUGGCCGUUUCUGUUGACAAGAAAUUUAUGCAGUAAUAAUUUGCUCGAAAUAGAUGCAGAGCACAGGAAAUGAGAUAUCCAUCAGGGUGCUUGUGUUCCGCCAGCUGCACCGCGGCUAAUAUGAAAGUAUUUCAGGCUGCUCAGACCCUGCUGUUUGAGCAGUCAAGAUUAUAUAUACCCACGAUCCAUUGCCUGCCUCAGAGGCGCUCAUGGAGGUCUAUGAUAACAAAGACUAUGUGAUUUAUGGCCUGCUGUGAAAGCAGAACUUGAUGAGAUUAAACAAUUUCAUAGCACGAGUGUUUCUCAGAGGGCCUUCUGAUUUGUGGCAGCAACGCCGACAGUAAAUCAGGUUUAUAUAUCUGAAAGCAUGCUCAGCAAAGGAGUGCAAUUACUGUUUAAGACAGCUACUUUUUAUUUAAUUUUUAUCCCUGGUUUGUCUCUUUUAUUUCUGGCCUGUCACAUAGACACUCACCUUCAUAAGUCCUUCUGAAGGAAAGGUUGAAGUGGAGAGGAGAGGAGGUGGGGGGACAGGCACCCCGGCUAUCUCUCCUGAGCAGCUUUUAGAGACACAAGAACAACAACAACAACAACCAAGGGACGACGACGGCGGCGACGGCCACCGGCGGAACGACACGGGCAUCCAUAGAGCAGAGGGAAGCACUCCAUUUUUAAUGCAUUGUUUGCCUGCUGCUCUGGCCCUGUCUGGGUAAAUGGAGUAGGUAGAGUGUAAUUAGAGAGCUGGGCUUUGCUCCGUGCCAUAAAGAUGACAUGGUGUAAUGAUACAGCUUACAGGCCCGCAGAGGCUUCUGUCUCGCGACGGAGGAUCUGGGUCGUUUGCCUGUGACUUAUGAGAGGUGUGGAGGAUGACAGUGUUAUCAUGGAAGUCAGAGAUGUGGAUGGGGGGAAAUUUCAUGUGAAAGGUUGUCAAGGAUCGGAGGUGAGGGGAGACGGAUAUGGAGCAGAUUCAUUUUCAGUGUUUACAUGUUGUAAUGUAAUAUCUCAAAUGGAAAACAGACGAAAUAAUCAACCUUUUCAUGACUUUAUUUUAUUCCUUUAAGUCUUUUUGUCAUCUUUUAGAAUAUUCAUGAUCUGGUUGCAAAAAUCAGGGAUAUUUUGCAAGAACUGUUUUAAUGGUUUGAGGUCAGAGUUCCUAGAUCUAGAUAACCGUGGUUCUACUUUAUUUACAUCUAACGAGUCUGCAUCUGUACUAAUCAGCUAAUCACAUGAGGUCUGAGCGUGAUUAUGCGCGAGCAUGCGAGUACAUGUGCAUAACCGUUUCACGCACUAGAAUGAUGUGCGUGUGUGUGGUUCAGCUUUUUAGUGUUGCACACAUGCAGAUUUGUGUGUUUUGAAGUUGUGGUUAAAUGAUCCACAGCAGUGAGUGUGUGUGUGUGUAUGUGUGCAUGUGUGUGUCCUUGGGUGAAGAUGUGAGUUGUGCAUCUGUCUGCAUCAUCCCAUAUCUUCCCAGAAAACAUCAAGAGAUCUCAUUAUUUCGACACAUCUCAGGUUUUUUUUUUUUCCUCUUCUUCUUUUUCUUCGUCUUUUUUCCUCCCGUAUGCCUUGAGUCAAAAUUAGUUUUCAUUCCCUCUGUGAUCUUACUGACUGAAGCCGCCUCAAAGUAAAGAAAACCGCAGUCUUCGUAGCUUUCGUAGCGCGCCUGAGUCAAACACACACUUCACACAGCCGCAGUCUGAGUUAAGCAUUGCUAAGUAACCUUCACAUUUCACUCGUGUGAAGAGCUAAUUUCCUUUAAGUUCACAUGUCACUUUUUGUGCCUCUUUUUGUGGGUCCUCUUCAAAUGUCUCUCGGCGUCUAAUUGCAUAGGAAACAUUCUAGACAAGCCGGUGUGACAGGCCCGCUCCCGGAGUCUUCAAUUAUUAAACAUCCUACACUCUAGAAAACAGCCCUGACGUUUGCUACAGCCCCUAAUCAGAACAGAAAGCCUCAUGAUAUGUCACACUCCUCACUUGCGGUGGUUUUGUGUAUGCAUGUGUGUUUGUGUAGUUUAUACUUUGAGAGGAAAAGAUGAAUAUAUUUCUUUUUACACCGGUUAAAUAAGGCAAAACUCUGACAAAAAUGAUUUUUGUCACCGGUAGAUCUGAACACUGACUUCUUCUCUUUUUUCUCCUGUUUUGGAGAUAAAAGAAAUUGUUUUGUACUUAUGAAAAUAUAUGAAACAAUCACUUUUGUUUUGCUUAUAAAGUUUGAAUAAGACAUGUAAUCACUGUUCUCGCUAAAACAUUCAACAUUUAUGCUUUUUCUUCAUCUUCAUGACUUUGUAGCUUCAGAAUCUGUCCCAACGGAAAGGUCAUAAACUGAAAUGAGAAACAGCCUGAAGCUAAUUGUGCUGCGUACCUGUAAUGUAGGCGUACAUUUCCGCCUUAAAUCAUCUACACUUAUUCUGCGAGACGCUUGCAGAAAAGGUCGAGUGACUUCUUAAAUCUCAACCUAAAAACAAAUAGAGCCUUAUUACCAUGUAUGACUCAUCGCUACGGAUGAUUAACGUCCAGCUGCACUCAACCUUUGCCUGCCUGACGCGUAGCCGCACACAAAGCGGCCAUGUUCAUCGCUGUUGCCGGUUCGCUCUGUGUGCCUCGUGCCCCGAGCGAAAACAUCUGAAACAGUUGCUCUUGUGAUCAGUGAUCAUAUGAUACAUUUACUGAGAGCGGGGUUCAUUGGAGUAGAACUGGUAAAUCAUUAAACACACGCUCAGCGGUGUUCCUGCUGAGCAAAAGACUGCUGAAGUACCCACAAGUGCAGGCACCGUUUCAUGGAAUGUGCUUCCCCCUGCCAUUACCUAAGAAAACAGAAUUAAUACGUCUGAUGCACACAAAAGCUAUUUGAAAGACAUUAUAAUAUCUUCUCUAAUCCCCUGAGCCACAUUAAUAAGACUAAAAAUCAAAGAAAAUAUGAGUUAUGAUUGUUUUAUCUGCUUAUAAUCUUCUGUAAUCGUCAUUUUCAGUCCUUCUGCCCUGUAUGCAAGACUUUUCAGGGUAAAUUGAAUCUCUGGUGGUAAAUUAGAACAUUUCUUAUUUUAUCACAGCGAUUAAAUGCUGUAACACGCUGCAAGCUACUGUCUCUCUUUUCUUUUCUUUUCAUUGUUUAUUUCUAAAAGUGCUCCAGUCUUUGUAACCCCCUAACUUCACAAGCAUGAGACUUGAAACACAUACGCACAAAAAAAACUCCAUCUAGUGAAGAAAUAAACGUGUCAUGCCAGCAUUAAAUGUUGACUCAAAUAAGUUCACAAGUUGUGUCUCCUCUGAUCUCUAACAUGAUCAGAAAGCAGCACCAGUUUACAGAGACAAGACGUGCAUAAAAAGAAAAAAGUUCCAUGCGCAGACACAAAAGAAAUAUUUUGAUAUAGACCCAAAGAGAAAACAUAUCAAAAGACAUUUUUAUACAUGUCUUUUGCAAGCACAAAAAGCAGAAGUGGUGUCAAGAGAAAACAAAACAGAAGGCUUGUUUCUUCCAACAAUUGCUUUAAGCUACAAAAAUCUCCUUGAGUCCCUAGCCUCCCCUCAAUGUCAGCCCCCCCUUCCUCCUCCUCCUCCUCCUCCUCCUCUUCCCUUUGCCCUCCCUCCUCGCUCUCUUUCUCUCUCUCUCUCUCUCUCUCUCUCUCUCUCUCUCUCUCUCUCUCUCUCUCUCUCUCUCUCUCUCUUCUUCUUCUCUUCUCUCUUUCCCCUUCUUCCUCUCUAAGGCAGGACAGGGCCCUCUUUGCACCCUGAUAGGUUGCGGGCUGAUGCUUAGCAACAACAUUCCUGUGCCCUAAGUAGCAGUAAGCCUCUGGCUGAACUCUUUGAUGUGGCUGUCAGGCCACAUUUAUUUCCUUUUAGCACUUUGUCUACUUGUCCAGAUGUAUAAGGAGAUAAAAAGGCCUGGUGUUUACACUGGUCUCCCUCUGUAGCGCGGCUGUAAUUAGAUUGUAUUGCCGGUCAGUCUUAAGGAGGGAGGUGAGAUGAGGCAAUGCAGGAACCACCUGUGUCGGGGAUGACACUGGCUGGGGUGAAACCUCAGAGCCGGGCUGUAAGGAAGGAAAACAGUUUGAGCAGAAUAGUUUCUUUAUGGAGUUUUGCGCAGCCAAAGCCACAAUCAAAUUCCUGUGAAAUCUCAGCUUCAUACGCUGUAACAUAACGCCCAUCAAGAUUUGAAAAUGACAGCUAAUCUCGCAAACUUUCCAAACUUUGUCGCAGUUGCAUCUAAAAUAACACCGAGAUCCGAGCCAACCUCUCCCGAUUUACUCUUUUUGGUAUCUUAUAUUUCCAGGAACCCCGCUGUGGAGGAGGUUUUGUGGCUCCAUGUGGCUCUCUUUGUGUUUUCCUUGUCUUUCCAUCCCUCCCUCGCCUCUCUCGUGGUGAUAUGUUGGAAGUAAUAAUCACUCUUGCCUCUGGGUUUAUCAGCAUUUAUUCGCAUAACAACACCGAAAAGGAGAAGACAGACAGCGCUGGUGUGAUGUAUUAUCCGGUACAGGAAUCAUCUUUCAUAAUGACAUCCAGCAGAGCUUCCUCUCGCUGCCGCCACCCAUUUUCUCUCUCGCACACACACACGUGCACAGGCGUACACACAUACUUUCUUCAUCUCUCUCUCUCCCUCUUUCCACUCCCCUCUGUCCACCCUUUAUUAUCACAGAAUCCACAGUGCUCCCCCAGCCUGUAAAUUUGUGCCGCAUUAUCAUAAGCUGUGGUGAUAACUCACAUUGCACAGAGACAAUAAUGAUGUGAACACUCAGCAUAUGCCCCGGGCCCAGCAAAUUAAAACAAUGCUCAGCUUGAUGAGCAGACUAAUCUGGACAGCAGAGAGACUGAGAGAGAGAGAGGAGCGAGGAAGGAAGGGGUCCAGGAGUAUCCUAAAUAGAUGACACAGCAGCACCUCCCUCUGUUCAGUGUAGGAACAACCAUGAGAAAACAAGAGGGGGGAGACGGAGGGAAAGAAAGAAGAAGCUUAAGAGAGGAGUGUUUGUGAGUAAUACAGCGUGUGAGGUGGGGAGUGAGGAAGUGUUUUCUUAUAGCUGUUAGAGCUGCUGUGAGUUUUCUUUGUCCACCUGUGGAAAGCAUUAAGAUAGUUCCCCCCUGAAGUAAAAGAAGAGAAAUUUCGCUCUACUUUUUUUCCACAUGCUUUCUCAUCAUAAUCACUGCUGCUUCUCAUCCUCUGGACAGGUCAUUGACUGAAUAAAAGAGUGCAGAUGUGGAGCUCUUAGAAAGACGGUCUGAGAGGAGGAGGAAAGGGAGGACUGGGACAUGGGAAAGCCGGCUGAUUGAUGCUCUGUGGGAGGGGUGAAAUGGUUUUGCUGGAUGGGACGGGAAGUGACAACCACAGAUGUUGAAUGGAGCUGACUGUUUGAUCAGCAGGCAUGAUACGGAGGAGGUGAAGCGGUGGUGUCAUGCAUAGCACAGCACUGGGGGGGGGGGGGACUGGGUGGGUGGUGAUACUUGAAGCAAGUCAACUAACCUCCCAUAGGAGCAAAACCAAAGUGUGGAGGCAGCCAAAGGCUCUAUCCAGUGUCCUCCCACUCCUUCUCCUCCUCCGGCACCCCCUUUUUACACAGUCUGUGGGUGGUGCUGUUAAUGACAUGGCAACAAGGAAGAUUAAUUGUGGGCAAGCCGCAGGAUUAGACGGGGCUUUUUUGGGGGGCAUGCAGGCUAGAAGAGGCCCAGGCUUGUGAUCUUUCAAGCAGGCCAGGAAAUGAAGCAAGCAGGGGUGCGACUUUGUGGAUAAGAAGAGCAUGGAGGUAGAUCAAAUAGAGAGGGCUAACCUCUGUCUUUCUGCCUGAAUUGCUCUGUUAGCUCAUAAUAAUCACAACAAUAAAGAGCCUCUUUGUAGACAGGAUGGUUUGAGAUAAAUAACCCGUUCAAGUAUCUAUUGAGCCACAGCUGCAGAAAGAAAAUAACUGCAUAUAAAUACCUGAUUGUUUUUAGUUCACUGUCAGAUUUUUCAGAGAGUACAGCAUAUUCUUGUUUGGAGUUGUUUAACUUCUUGUUUUUCACAUGCCGAACAAGCACAGCAUACAAAUAUAUAGCGAUCUGCGAUAUUUCUUAACAGAUUUCAGUCACUCCACAAGCCGGGAGCAGCAGGUCUGCUGUCAAAACAGUAUUUCUAUUCCAAACAGUUUCUCCCCAAAAGCAUGGGUCCACCAGCAUAUCUGCGGUGAGGUCUCCAGAUAGGCUUAUUUUGCCAUUUUUCCCCUGCGCUGUAAUAUGAGACACAUGCUGGCCAGACCUUAAUGCCUUUCAGAGAUGCUAUCUAAAAAGCACAUUAUGUGAUCGUUUUCAAUUCACAGUGCUCUCUCUUAGCCCAUGAAGAAUAUGGUUCCAUUUAAGAGUGCAGGCCGUUCCAUUUCUCAAGGUUAUGCAUGGGCAUGUAGAGGAACAACAAUAAAAGUGGGAAAAAUGCAGCUCCAAACCAUCUCUAAUAUGUAUUUGUCAGUUGAGUCUCUUGCUAUGAUUAAAGGGCCGGAGAAUUCCUUCCUGCAGGAGAGGAAAGUAUUUUCUGCAAAGGCAUCAGAUAUCGCUGUGUCAUGAUAAACGGCCUGCUUUACUAGCUAAAAGGCUAAAGGAAGGAAGAGGAUGUUUUGGACCUUGAAAGUCUACCAGAAAGAACAACAACACCAGAAACUCUUGACCUGUUUGGGAACAUGCGCUGAGAUCCAGGACUCUGUUUUCUCUUUGUUUGCUCUUUGGCUCAAAGGAGCUUUUUUUUCAACACUGGUUCUUCGUAGACCUUUGCAAAGCUAGCUUUUAAUCGGCACAUUCACCUCAUAUUAAAAUAACGUGUUUUGCACUUCUUGUACUUACCCUACGAUUCUUUUUGCAACAACUUCACAUUCAACUGGAUUUAAAUGACGGUGUUUAUUGUGAACUAUAACAAACUAUCGAGUGAAUGAUUAUGACAUGGAGCCAAGAGAUUCCAGGGUUUGUUUGUAUGUCUGUAUGUAUUAUCUAACCCAGUGUUUCUCAACUGGUGGUCCCGACCCAAGAGUGGGUCUGGGACAUGUUCUGUAUGGGUCACAGACAGCUGGUCAAAAAGGAAGUAUUUAAUGCGCAUCUGAUGUUUGACAUGUCUUUUAUUUUGAAAAAUUCCGCACAUGAUUGGUUCAGCGUGAUGCGGUCCCAGAGCAACUCUCUUUUUCAUUGGCUAUUCGUAUAGUCUACCAAAACAUGGAAGAAUGCAGACAAUCGAAAAAGAUAUUGACCAUGUUUUAUUUUGUUAUUGAGGGAAAUUAAUUUUCGAUGUAUAUUGUUAUAAUUUUAUCGCCCAGCCCCAAUUUAUGUUAUAGAUUUGAGUCUUUAAAGGUUUUACUUUUAUAAAAACUAAAUUUGCUUGGUUUUAAUUUUAUAAAAGUGGGUUGUGACUUAAGGACCAUGGGAAAAUGUGGGUCCCAGAGUGAGACCAGUUGAUCUAAACCACUGACACACACACAUGCCAGCCGGUUUAUAGACGCGCCUAUAAAAUUUAUAAACAGCAAGAAUUAAUACAUAAUGCGUAGGAUAUUUUUGUAUUUCAGUUUAUGCACUUGUGAGGAUCAGAAAUUCUGAGGAAAGUUUGUAAAGAAACAAACAGUAUAUUAGUAUUAUAUACUUACUUUAUCGAACUGGACCACGAUUAUUGAUGAUCAAUACAUCCUUGAUGCAUUGACAACCUUCCUGGUGCCUUGAUUGAUUUGUCUCCUCUCUCUUCUUUCGAAUACUGGCUAUACAUUUUCUGCAAAUUCCAGCUUGUGUGGGCCUGUUAAUAGAUUAGAGCAUUUCUUUUAGGUUAUUUUAAUAAAAUAAGAUUAAAUCAUCAAAAUCAUUUAAAAUGAUCAUCAAUAUCAGCCAAUAGGUAAUCAGACCAACAUUUUUCUACUGAACAAACAAUUAGGAUUCAUUUAGCAGUCCUAAAGGUAAACUAUUCCAUGAAUUGAACCCUAGAUAGUCCAAAAGGGGUUGAAUACCACCAAUACAGCCAGUCAAGCAGAUGCAAAUGGCAUUACUUCUCAUAAACCAGUAAAGAGAGGUCAUCUGUUGCCAUUUGUGGCUACCUUAACAUCACCAGGCUGCAUUCGUCCGCUCAGAGUGAGUGACGUCUACCCUUUGGUUGACCACUGCAAGAGGUCAUGGCUGAGUGAAGGUUAAGACCUCUCCUGCACCAUGUCGUAUAUCAGAUCAUCAAAGCCUGGACUUUAGCUCCCGAACAGACAAGUAGUCACAAAACAGGAGCAGUGUUUCCAGUCUUUCCUGAAGUUAACUCAAAGCGUCAGCGGUGAUGACACUUGUGGUUUUUAUAUCUAUCAAACCUUUUUUGUUUUAAAUCCUCAUUCCUUUUGUUUGUCUUCUCUCUCCUAGCCACCUAAUGAGGCUGGAACUGAGGGUCAGCAGCUGCCCUAUACUCCUCUACCCCGAGGAUCCAGAGAUGCGAGAAACCACAAAGGUAAGGAAGAGGAAAGAGACCUUUGGGCUUUAUAGCAUUUUUUGUCAGGUGGAUUACAUCUGCUCAAAUACUCUUCAAAAUCAAGCAGACAGUACAAAUUAUUAUCAUAUACAUACAUUCAAUCCUAAACAACGCCCGAGGAUUAUGUAAAUAUAAGUCAUAACCCCAAACCGCUACAGAGAGUGGGAAUCUAUUGACCUCGAGACCAGUUUGAAGAUAUCUUCUCUAUUCUUAUUGAUCUCAUCUCGUCUGUGUGAUGUGUUCAUAGUGUUAAUAAAUCUGAGUAAUCUGGGUUAACUCUGAUCUAAAUGUGUGCGUGGGAGGGCUGAGUGUAUAAACUAGAUGAAACAUCCUUGAUCUGCGGAUACAAGACAUUGAUUACACCUCAUAUUGACCCGGCGUUGUCAGUUGAUGUAAUUGUGCAGCAAUUUUUUAAACAUCAAACACUGAACUCUAGUUCUGACUGAGAAAUCAUAUUCAUUAAAAGACGCAGAGUUUGAAUUCAAACUGUGAGGUUUUUGUUUAAAACUGUUGAAUUCAACGUAUCAUACUACACCAACAUAAGAUGUGAUAGCUGUUUACUUAAAGUGCCCUCCCUGUGAGACCUUUUAGCUGGUUAUGGAACAAACUAUAAUGAAUACUUCAACAUGACACUCAAAAACAAAACAUUAUCAUCAGCGUAAAGGUAUUUCUUUUAUAGAAGUGAUGCACUGCAGAAACAGUAUUGUUUACAUUUUCACUGAUACUUUUGUCAGUCAGUGUAAAUGAAGUUUUAAUUAUCUCUGAAGAAGGAUUUAGAUAUAAUUCUUAGACAUUUUCAUGCAAUUAGUCAGUUAGUUAAUUUAACUGGACUACUGUCAUUGUUCCAGUUUAGGAGCACCAAGCAAGAAUUGGAUUAUUGACAAAGGCACGUCCACCUAGAUGGCGACAUGCUCUCUCUCAGCGCAUUACUUUAAGGUUAUCAUGGCAGGUGACCUUUUAUGUGUCAAGUUAGACAACUAAAUGCAUUAGCAAGAGGCUAAUGGGAUGUACGUCAAAGAAAGCACUGUCACUCUUACAAUUUUGUGCCAUUGUUAGGAAAGUUUUGUCUUCUUUUACAUCCUGUCUUCAUCUAUCAAGGUUUUUUUUUUUCUAUUCAACUUUCAUCUUAAAAGCCGGUUGUCCAAACACUGUGGCACACGCAGAACACUUUGGCCAGUUUCUGUCUUAAAGAGCCACAAACACGGAGGAGAAAAAUGAUCCCCAACCGGUUAAUCUAGGUAUGUUAGUCUGACUUUAAGAAGUUUAAUUCAGUGCAAUUUCAGUCAGAUUAAUGUUUUUACAUGAUUUCACAAGUCCAUUUCAGUCAGACUCAGGUCGCGUUCACACCAGCCUUGUUUUGUCCAGUUGAACUGAACCCUUUGGUGGGGUUCGUUUUGGUUGGUAUGAACGCUGGCCUUAAACUCUGGUGCUGAUCAGUCAACCGCUCUCUGGUCCGCCUGGUUGGGGUGGUCUCGGACCGCUAUCAAGUGAACUCUAGAGCGGUUUACUUCUGGUGUGAACUCCCACUCACACCAAUCACAGGAAAUGCCAACAUAAAAAUGAGCAAACGAUGCUCCAUGAUGUUCAGUAAAAAUUGUGAGGGAUGUCAUCUACCUGCCUAAACUGUUUGAACAAUCAAUGGACGGUGCCACAUGACAAUUUUUGGACCAUUUGAGUUUGACAUUUGUGAACUCCAACUGGACCAGUUUAGAAAUCGCAACAGUGUAUCUUCAAUGUACCAUCCUUGCUUUGGUUCGUAUCAGAAAACUGAACUUUUGGUGUGAACACGACCUAAGGGAAUAGAUCAGGGUUUUUUUUCACAUUUUUUGCUCAUACUGAGUUCACCCAACCAGGCUGAGAACAUUUGUAGCAUUGCCUCGUCCUGUCUUGCACAUCCACAUGAACAUUCGUGACUGUUGCCAAAAAAAAAAACAUGUCUAUGUCUAUUCACUACACCCUGUUGUUAGAUAUCCCAGAAUCCAUUCAAAGCACUGAGUCAGUUUUUGCCCUUCGACCAUCUAAACCAACCAGUUAUUCUGGUGUUCGCUAAAGAAGAUGACAAGAUUUAGUCAGUAGAUGGUUAACACGAAACACCUCUUAUAUGGAGUCACAUGUUUGACAAAAUCCCCCUUUUUUAAUGGCGGUCUCUGCGAAACCCCCUACCCGCACUUCUCCUACCGAGACAUUUAUCACGGUCUCCACAAUGCAAACCCCUCCAUGGUUUGACCACCUCUACAGCAGCACAACAGGUCAACUGUGAGCAUCUCCACCCCCCCACACACGUUAACAGUGCCAAGGACAGAUCUAUGUCAUGGAAGCGUGGACGGUGGCAGCUCUCCCCGCUUGUAAGGACAGGAAGAGCCCAGCGCUUUGUCACAAUCAGACCUGGCUAAGAACAGUCCAUUUAAAGGUGAGGGGAUCUGACACAUGAAAUAUUUCCCCCUCCGUCUAAGAUCUGAACAGCACUGACAGGCUCCAUUUGUUAUUUUUAUGAUGCAGCGCUGCAGUCUUAGAUAACACAGCCCUCAUCUUCGCCCUUCACCUCCUCUUCAUGUCCCUGCCUCCAGCCUCUUCCCCGGCUCUUUGUUAUUUGUUUUCUUUUAUUUACACAUCUUAGACAUACUCCAGUUUUCUUUAUGUGUUGGAGACGGUCACAGUAACUCCUCUUUCAUGGAGAACAAAGCCGAGGAAGAGCAAUGCUGCAACAAACAAAUUCUUUCAGACAGUAAUUCCAAACAACUGUGCGUUUACUGAAUUAAGAUCAGGGAAAAGACAAUGGGGUUGAAAGAAUAUCCUGCAGGAUUUGAUGUACUUAAACAACACUCCUUUUGCUGUAUGCAUGGGAAAUUGAAGAGAUCUUACACAGUUUGUUCAAAAAACACUGGUUCUUUGGUGUUUCUGUAUAUCCGGCUCUGUUUUGUUUGUGCAUACAUGUGAGGUACAUCUUUUGUUCUGCGCCUGAGUGCAGAGAAACCUCACCAGCACACGGGAACAGACACUUCUCUGUGUAUUGCAAGUGCAAUGAUUAGAAAAUGUGGUUUAAAUAACCCAAAAGAAGGAAGCAAACAACCAAAUAAACAUUUAAUUGAAUAUACAGUGACACUUGUUCAUGUAAAGGUUUUUAAAUCUGGCUUUUUCAUGGGGAAAAAGGAGGCUCUGUAGUUUCAUACGAACUCCAGAUCUGCAGCACAUCUGACAUCACCCUGUCGGCUGCACAGAGAGCACCUCCCUCUCCUUCUUUCAACCCCUCUGCAACUACUCCCCCCCUCCUUCCAAUGUGUCACCUGUGUGGAAGCCCCAGAGCCUUGGUGCCAGAGGUAAUUACAGCAGCUAGGAGCUCCCAAAGGAGGGCAGCGCUGGCAGGUCACUGCCCAGGGAAAGAGGGGUUGAGAGCAAGGACACAACUCCGGGAUAAGCUCUUGUGUGUUUGUUAGUGGGGGAGUACAGCUGGAGGAGGCAGAGCAAAACACGGCAGGAAAGUGAAAGAUCUACUGUCGUCGGAGUUGAAACUUAAUCAAGAUUUUGUAGAUGGACGGAGGAGGAUGAUAAAGAGGAGAGAGAAGACAGGAAGAGUGCGGGCAUUAAGAAGUAAAAGAAGACGAGGCUCGAGAAUGAGAGGGAACCAGACAAAAGACAAAGCAAGGAAGCAUGGUGGGGGCUUUAGUGUGUCUUGGUGGAGGCAUGACACAGAGUGGAGUGGAGUAUAUGGUCUGGCAGAGGGGCCCGAGGAUCCUCCACUACUGUCACCUUGGCUCUAAGUCUUAGUGCUGGUCCGACUGUCAGCUCAACUUUAAAUCUAAACAGUCCAAAAUGGAGUCCGAGCCCAAAGUGCUGCAUGUCUUCAUGAACGCUGGUUUAGCUGCUGAAGCUGCUGCACUGCCUUCUUCUUCUUCUUCUUCUGCCGUAACAUAAAGAUUUAUCAUCCCAGCAUGCAAACAAUGCACCGGGUUAAUUAUUACCAGCUUGUCAUUUCCUCAUGAUGACACAGUUUGAAGUGAGAUUCACAGGUUUAUUUCAUAGAUCUAAUUAUAACUGUGGUUCACAAGGAUGUAAAAGAGAUGCUUCAGACUUGAUUGAUAUUCAUGCGCAGGGAGGAGGAGGAGGAGGGCGAGAUUUUAAUAAAAUAUACCUUUCAUUUCUGCUGUGUUUUUCAGUAAAUAGACCGAUGUUAGUCACAAGUUUUUCAGGUAUCAGAUGAAAUUUGAGCAGGCCUUCCCUCAGCAGUGACAGCAGUAAAUGAAAGAGAUAUCUUUGUUGGAGCAGAGUAAACAGACGAGGAAAACGCCUGAAAUCUGCCUUACAGUGUGAGCCCUGGGCCCUUUUAAUCUUCUUGUUCUGGGCCUGCUUCCAGCUACUUUGUAUGUAUGUAUCUUAAAUGGUGCACAACUGUUAUUAUAAUCCCAUGAGGAAAGCAGCCUUCAAAGCAAAAAGAAGAAAAAAAACUUCCUGAUGACGCCCAUGGGGUGUCUCACAUUUGUUGGGGACGGGGUGGGGGGAUGAUCUGCACCACAACUCCCCCCUUGACUCCCUAAAAAAAAAAAAAGGAGAAUUGGGAACAGAUCCAAACUAAGAGUAAACUGUUUUAUAGUUGCUGAACAACAAAUAAACAAACAUCUGGAAGCAUUCAGAGCGGCCCAUUAGAAAGGCUCUGGGCUUUGCCAAAAAGGGGUAAAUGAUGAGGAAUGGGCUGUCGAAAGGCUGGCGGAGACAGGGGAGAGGCCAGAUGACGGAGCUGUGGGUGCUAAGCACUGCCUUUUAGAGCUCAGCUGGGCUCAGAGAGAUCUACACCUGCUGCUUUCUCACUCCUCCCCUCCUUCCCUCCACCCGACAUCUGGAUGGGAUACAUGACUAAUGGAUGACAAAACCGGUAGUGUUGAAACUUAGCUGUUGUCAAUAUGAAGGGAAAGGUUGUUACUUUGACGGAUGACUUAAUAUUCGCAGCACAAGCUCUUGGUAAAACUUCAAGUGAGUUUGAUGGCUUGAAAAGAGGCGAUACACCAAAACAGAAAUAAGCUCCCUAAUGUCUGCGGCUUGUAUAACAAUCAAAACUGAUUAUAUAUAUUUAUAUCAGUGUAGAUUAGACUAGAUCUGAUAUGAAUACAAACAUUAGUUGUCCAAAAAUUCUGUUGGUUCAAGUACACACAUGCGAUUGAUCACAGGAUCGUUGGUAAAUGAACUGAUAUAUAACCUCAGACAUCUGUUUCUUUACUCCUGCGUUGUUCCUCGUGCUUACCUUGACUGGUUCUGUCCUUUUCUGUCUGAUGUCACUCUUCAGUUUGAUAUAAAGCUGCUGAUAAUCCUCCCAUGCUGGUUUGGACUGCCUCAGCAUGUUGCAUGAGUAUGGAAAUUUCCCCUCUGGAAGGCGGUGAGAAAAGACAGAGCACCUUUGACGUUUCCCAUUUAGACACACAAACGUGCUCUGUAAGACAUUUCACUCAGCCUCGUAAUGAUUAUUCCAGCAGGAUCUGUCCCCUGAUAAACAUCACUCUCGAAAACAAAGACUUGCGCUGGCCCGCAAAAGUAAAAGCGAGGCAUAUGGAAAGACCAAAGUGUAAGCUUUUCCUCCUCAGUGGUCCAGAGUGGCCUUUGCAGAUCUGCUUUUUGUAACUUUUAGACUGUGCAGUCAACUUCAGAAAAAGACAGAUGAUGAAAUAUUAUCAAAGAGUAAUUUAUAUAAACAGAUCUCACAGCCACCUAUGCACCAUCACCUUGUGUUGAGUGAGCCUCUGCAUCAAACUGGAUGAGGUGCAUUGACAAAGUGAAGACGUGGCCGUCUUCCCGGGUACUGAGUCCAUAAAACUGUUUCCCCAGCACUCGUCACUGCAUGAAGCUUUUAUUUCUUUGCUGUCUUUGCCAGUUUGCAGCUGAUGAAGUGUCUGAGACAUGUUUCAAAGACCCACUGUCGGCUUUUCUUUAACAUACAGCCAAAAAAUUAAACCCAUAAAAGGUCUGUGUAAACAUGCAAACUUUCCCCUUCAGAAAGAGUAUAUGAAACAUUUUGAAUGAAAGACUUUUCCUUAUGAUAUAUCUUUAUAACAUAACAGUUUUAAGAGGCUGAACUUUGUGUCUAAUGUGAAUCAGGAGAUUGGCUUUUUAUUGGAACCCAAAUCCCAGUAAAUUUCAGGGAACCAUUUCUACAAAAAUGUAUUAAAAGAUGAAUAAAUAGUUAAAUAAAUACUGCUCAGGUUUGAAAGGCAGUGGGAAUAUUUAGAGAUCAGAUUUUAGAUCAAAAGCUCCCUUGCUCACCCCCUUCUGGUGAAACAACCGUGGCCUUUUAAAGACAAAGAGCCUCUUUGGGGCAUUAUGAGUAUAAUCCUCAGUUUGUUAAAUUUUACCAUCAGAAAUGUUUAUCAAUGCAAACUCUUUUGCACAAAUCAAUAAUCACUUUAUCUUCUUUGUGACUAGUUUGUCCAUUCUGUGUUUCUGUAGAAAAAGGCUUGUGUAAGAUGGCAGCCUCUAAGGAAGGAGACCUGCUUCUAUGUUGUCAAAAAAGGGCUAAUUAUAAGUUAACAAAACAAAAUAUUCUUUAAUAAUCAGGUUAUUAUACACUUUUUUAAACAUACAGGAAGUUUUUACUCUUUCCACGGCUAAGAUUCUCAACAUGUGAUGGUUUGACAAUUCGAAGAAAAAUGAGCAAACAGAGAAACAUACAGCUUUAACCAUAAGGGGCUUCAGAAGUUAUGCAAACCAGAAGUUCCUCACAGAAGAUCUAAACAGAUGGGACAAACCCACUUAUCCUCAGGGGCUGUCAAAGUAAACAUGUUUUUGUAUGAAAAUGAUUUCAUAUGUUAAUAAGUCAAACAGACAAAACUGGACACUAAUUCCUAAACUCGUACCAUAACACGUUUCUUAUCCAGAUUUGCAAUGAAUGAACAGAAACCUGAAAAUUCAGCCACAAUCACAUCAAUCUAUUCUUCGGGGAGGAAGCUCCUGCAGCAUAUCACAGCACAUCACUGUGGUAUACACUCCCUGUGCACGAGGACAGGCUCUAUUUCCUUUUUGUGAGUCAGAUGAUGUGGUAUUAUUCCUCCCAGGAGUGGAUUGGCUGGGCUACAUGAAUAUCCAUUAAAGCAGGUCUAUGGAGAUGGAUGAGGCGAGCGGGGAAGAGGCAAACUGGGCCUGCAAUCCUUCACCGCAGCUUCGCAAAACACUGCACUGCCCACAUCCAGAGUGAUGAGAGCUCAUUUUUGGAGGCAGGCCCGUCCUUGUUAUUGCUAACCCUGAAAAUCACCUUUUAUGCCUUCCCCUUCAGAAGGAGGUUAGAUUAAAAUGCCAGGAUAACCUCCUCUACUUCCAUGACAGGCUUAACUGCCAAACUGUGACAUGCCAGCUCCAAACUGUUUUUAGAAAGCUGCCUUCAUCCAAGUGUCAUUAUCUCUCCGUUAUCGGAUGGCACUCCUCUCACAGUGUGUGAAUAAUUCUGUUUGUGCUGGGUUUGGGGAAAUGUCACUGACACUAUUGUUUUUACCUUGCCGUUUGAUGUAGCUGAAAGAGUCUCCUGAGUGUUUUGAGUUCUCUAACUGAUGUUGGAUGUAUACAGCCAAAACUUUAAGUAGAAAGAUGGGACUGUCAGCUUCAGAGUUUUUCCAAGAUAUUUGUUAGUAAGUUCUUCUCAGAGGUGAUAUAAAAGUAAAUAUCACUCUCUGUGAUCAUCUACCCUAAUAAGGGGUGUUUCACUGCCAAGUUUAAAGUGUGCUGUUUUGACUAAGGUGAUCCGAGCUAUUGUAUUAUUAUGACAGAAGAGUUCACAGAACAAAUUAGACACUUUCUAUCUGUAUAUUAUUCAUCUCAAGUAGGUUAUGCUGCAGUUUUAUGGAGCCCCAGUGUUCCUGCAAACUUGCAAUCAAACUUGUAAAUUCUCCCAACUAUUACAAUGAACUCUGGUGAUUAUCAGUCCAUCAGUUGAUAUCAGUCAACCACCAUUGUGGACAAGCCAUCGUUAUUCAAAACAGAGUUGUCUUGACGUCAUAUCAGACUCUGCAGAAUGCAUUGCAACUCACAAAAAGGUGAUGACGCAGGAGUUUUAAUCCCAACACUGUCUCUAAAAUCAAGUGGACAUAAAUUACUAAUUCAGGUGGACCUGAAUUGAGACGUUUAAUUUCACGUCAUUUUAACAACCUCAGUAAUCACUUGUCCUACUAACAUCGGAUAUGUUAGGAUAACAAACCGUCAAAAUCACAUUUUACAGUGUAGCUUAAAAUACAGCACUUGGACUGGCAAGUACUCCAGUUAAUGUGAUUGUUCAAUACUAAAAUGAAAAAUACACAAGUUUUCAUGCAAAUUACUGUAUAACUCGAGCAAACAACAACAGUGCAGUGCUAGCUGAGAACUUGUCAAAGUGUCAGAAACCUUUAUUUUCCUCUAAUGCGAUCUGUAUUAAUUAUUGCAUUUAUAGAGGGGUGGUCUGUGUCAGCCAUUUCACAUGUCGAGGUUUUAGAAUAGAAAACAGAUCUUCUCUAAUUUAUGAUGAAACUAACCCAGAAGGACUUGCCCAAAAAGACAAAAGUUUGACUUUUCCUCCAAAUAUUUCAGAAUGAUAGACAAGGACAUGAGUUUCUUCCAGGCAGGCCCAGCCCUCUUGGAAAAACAAACCUCUGGCUCUCUUGGACCUUGGUCUUCUUCCCAGUUGCGCUGGUCAUUUUCAAGGAAAGUAGCAGAACAUAAAUCAUCCAAAGUGAAUAGGCCUGACUGCUAGAAUUAGCCCUGAGUUCUGUUAUUGCUAGUGCAGCUAAAGAAUUAUUCAUUUCCCGGCAUGAUUUGUUGUGGUGGUUUGGGAUAUCUUAGGUUCGGCCUGUGCUUUCCAGUCCGACUUGCAGCCAGGAGUUGGAGCAGCUUUGUGCAGUCUUCAUGGUUUCCAAAGCUGGGAGUCCAUCACAGUAAUUUAGGAUGGGGGUUAGCUGCCAGAUGGUUUUGGAUAUUUUUACAGCAGGAUGGAUGUUGGGUCCACCAGUUUUCUUCUGUGUCAGUAGCCCUUGAAACAAAUUGCUUGGUGAGCAGGCGGAGUCUGUCGGUGUGAGGGGGCUCACUACCCUUCAUUCUGAUGAAUAGCUGCUUACAUGCUGGCAGAUGCUGGACAACUUGUCAUGCUAAAGGAGACAGGGUCAGACCUCAGCGAGUCCUUGUAGCUUUGUAAUCAGUGUACAUUACCGAGGAUGUUAAAUGCUCAUAUUUUAGACUGUAAAUUAUAGCAAGUUAGCAAAAUUAGACUCAGGGCUUUUUUAAACAUUUUGUCUUGUUGGUUUAUGUGGGAUCAUUUGUUUUAAUCAUGGAGUUUUUAAUGAAUUAUACUCUGAGAGAGCUGUAGAUCAUAAUUCAAGGGUAACUGAUCUCACCCAGUAAUCAUUCAAGAUGAAAACAUGCCUUAAUGCUAGUCUGGUUAAUGGCUCUGACAAAUUAGAUUCCAAUUCGCUCUGUGCCCAGUUUAUCAUGCUGGGUGACAACACAUCCUGCAUGACUUAACAGCUGAGCGAUAUCACUGAACCUCUCUGUCAGGCAUGUUUGUAACAGAGAUAUACAUGGCAUGGACUCACUAAUAUGCAAUGAGUCAAAGGGUGCAGUGUUAAGUUACACAGCAACACACAGUGAAGUAAGAGAACAAAUCAGCCGAUAUAUACAGUAUAGCAUAUACAUAGCAUACAGUAUAGCGAUACAGUAAUGGCAUAUAAUGUGGCCUUUACAUGCAGGACACAAACUGAGACAAAGGUUUACACCACUGCAUAUCAUACUUAAGACAGAGCUGUUGACCCAACAUUUAAGUCCUGAUGCCAGUCCAACUGUCCAACUGACUACCAUCCACUUAUGAGAGAUAACAUACUAUAAAGUGAGCAGGUGGUUGCAUCUAUCAUCCUGCCUAUUACACGGCUACCAACUUAGACUAUAAACAAUUUGACAAAACAUAUUAAUUUUAAGGUGACAAAGCUUUAAAAAGAAGCGCCUCUGAUUCAAAUGUCUACAGCGCAUCUAUGGCAACAGUUACUUAUUGGCUUAGUAGGUGACAUGGAUUGCAGGACAGGAAUCAGUUAUUGGCAUUCCUGUUUUUUUUUACCUGUACUGAUUCAGAUUGCUACAGUAAUUGUUUUGAUGCUAAUGGAAAAUGAUGUUUUGGCCUCAGUGUUGAUAAGCAGAGGUGUUCUGUGACAGACUUUCACCUGGAUUGAUUUGACGAAGGUUGUCUUUGGUGUCACUUUUGCUAUUGUGAAUUAAUAACUGCUGUCAUUAGGCUUUUACCAAUCAGGAUCAAGAAUAUUAUACAGCUGGAUUGUCUGUUAGAAAGCCAGGUAAUGGAUACCUGUCUUAUAAUGUAUGCCCAUACAGAAGAUGUCCCAGUACUCCAUCAUUGACAGAGUGCAUUGCUCUUUGAGAAUGAGAAAAACUAGAUUCUGGACCGGUGUUUGACCCACAUUGAAUAAUCACAGAUACACCUUUGCCAAGACCUUCACAGAUGAUUGUACUCCAUCUGUGUUGUUUAUAGCAAGCCAUCGUUUUUGAUGGUUAUAACAUUGUGCUCAUCAAAAAACAGAUGUGGAUACAAAGAUAGAUAUAUGUGCAGUUUAGCAGCUUCUAAGCCAUAUUAUCAGAACAACUUUUCAAUUUCUGGGGAAGCAUGACUUAAAUGUUGGUAACAAUUCAUCACCAAACAGGCAGGUACAGGAAAGUUCCACUGACUAAUCCAAAAGUCAAUCUGGAAACUGUGAGAGAUGCUCAAUCCAUCAACUUUGAUUUUCUUUCCUUUCCUGGAAAAGCUUUGCUCAUAGGAGCUUGAGAAAUCUUUUGAUGGUACAAUGAAAGAGAUCAUGGACAAAAAUAAGGCUCGCAUUGUAACCAAAUCCAACUCCCCAUAAAAAGACACAAUUACUGGGGAGUUAUGGUAAUUUGAAUAUUGAUUUAAAGCCACCAUAAAGAUGCUUUUGGUGUUUGUGGAAAAGAGUGAAAUUCAUGCUAAUGCCUCGUCAUAGAAUCCAAAAGCAAACAAGACCAUCAGGGCCAAGACUAUUUUUAGAUUUUAAGUUUUUAAUGCGGUGAGUGGGGGUAGAUGUCAGCUGAGCAGCUGAAACAAUUUCGACACAAAAUACUCACAAGAAAUGAUAUAUUUGACAUACAGAGUCAGAGGAAGGAAGAUGUUUUGUCAAAGACUAUAUGUAAAUUUUAAGAGGGCAAGAUCAGCAACGAUUGCUUUGUCCACAGGGGGUGCAAAAUUGACAAACCAAAAGUUCCUCACAGGAGCUUUAAGAUCUAUAGAACUUUUGUUGUCUUGAAACUAUUCUCACUACAGACUAUAAAUUAGCUAUUCGAAACAUGGCAUUUUUUCAAAGUCUUGCUCUCUUGGCCAAAAGGGUUAAAAUGUCAUGCCAUUCUGCUGCACUGUCUUACAAGUAGUAGCACAGAAUGUUCAGUACUGUUAAACUCAAUGGGAUUUAUAAGGGAGUAUAUGCAAAGUCUCGAGCCAUUAGUUUGUUUUCAAGACAACACAGUUGUUUUAAGACGACUAAAGGGUGGUUAUUUCCUGAAGCAUGAACACAUCAAGUACAAAGAUCAGUUGUUCCAGUCGGGUAAAACUGUGUCUGCUGUUUAUUUGGAGUAUUGUCAGCCUUACCAUAUCAUACAAACAAAAACACACACUGACACACACCUACACCCAGGUAGCCUCAGUGCUCCAAAGCCAUUGUGGUGGAAGGAGCUGAACUCAUUUGUCAAUUACGGUAAGCUCCACUGGGCCGUUGUCUAAACUGUUUUUCUCACUCACAGGUGAAUCCAGUGAUUUAUUGUCAACUGCCUGGGCAUCAAUAUACAAUUGGGAGACACUAAGCUGCAAUGUCUGAGCACAAACUAUUGUUGGAGUAUCAGCAUAGCUCACAUUAAGUGCCAUUUAGAUUAUUCAUUGCAACAGGCUGGGAGAGGACCAUUAUCCCAAACACUGUAAGGAUCUGGGCCUUUAUUUACUUCAGGCUCGCCAGCCGACUGAAUGAAUUAUAUCAAGUAUGAAUCAAAUGUUGCAAAUUUUAUGGGUCAGCUUGUCCUGACUUCCUCAAACUCUUUAAGGACGACAGGAUGUGAGUGUCUGAGCUGUUUACUUUAACUGCUAUCCAUCCUAUUUUUCAGCAUUAUUACUCCACCUCAACCUGUAUGAAAAGACCAGAGGGUCACCGAUAUGCUUCAAAGUCCAAUGCAACCUUUUAAUCUGUCACUUUGAUUUCCUGAUUAAGUUGCUUUAAACGGACAGAGCAGGUUUCCCUGUUAUGAUAAUACAAGCGGACAAGUUAUUUCACCAUCAUAAUUUGAUCCGUAGAUCGUUUCUGGCAUGUUAUGUCGCUGCAGUGCAAGAUGAUUGGAUUGACUGAGUCGUUUUGGUCAAACAUGAAUUUAUCCCAGAUUGUUGUGAUUUAAAAGUCUGUUUGCUUCAUUCCUCAUUCCUCGUGUUGAGCAUGCAUUCAAAACUAAACCUUCAGAAUCGGUCUACAUCAAACUCGGUUGUAUAUAAGCUCAGAAAGAUGUAAUUCUUUUCUUCUGUUUGAAGACUCUGUGCAGGAAAAUUGAAACUAAAUAUUGAAAACUUUGAAAACAAAUUUCUUCAAGAGAAAGCGAGUGGUAAAUUUUCAUCGUCUGGAGUGUUGAGUGCCUGAAGACCUCUGAAAGAAAGCAAAAAUAUGUCUCUCCAUUUGACACCAUUAGCGAGAGUUAACACGUAACCUUUGGCAGCGCUGGCCAGCAGCUCAGCGCAGUUUUAGGCGUCUUCUCCAGCUGCAGAUCUAAGCUAAGGAAUUGGACAGAAAUAGGGAAAGAGGGCAUGGUAGAAGAUAAAGUGAAAUGAACAUGUGCACAUGUCUUGCGGUGCGAGUCUUUGUGUGCACACUGUGACCCUGAAAUGCAAUGUCUCAGGGCUAGCCCACUGUUUGUGCGGUGCACUCUGAUCCAUUGUGUUCAUGAUUAAAAUAACAAGCUUGCUUUUAUUGUUCUCCUGCCUAAACCCUCAUGGUAAAGAAAUAUCUACAUUACACGUUGUUUUGCUCAUAGUUCACACUAUGCUGUGUGAUUGCUUUUGUUAUUGUUUUUGUAGCAGGCAGCUGGGACGACGAUAUUAAGAUAACCUUGGGAAAGGAAUGAUAACACAGCCACGGGCAUCUGUCCCUCCUGCCAUCACUAACCCCAUGUGACAUUUCAGCUUCAGCGCUAACAGCAAAUUCAGAUUUUUCAUACAAUACUUGAAGGGAUCUCUUUUUUCUUAUUGUAUCACCUCCUUGGUCAGCUUGAAUUGUGAUCUGCUGUUAGCCAUUAGACUAUAGCGAAGGUAAUCCUGACAAAUAUGACGAACAAAUCAAGGAUGUUAGUGCUGUGAUGUGCAGUCGAUAAUAUUUGGCUUCAUUAAUUCCCAUGCCCUGAGAUGACACCCAGCCCCUAUUAGGUUUGAAAUCUCAUCCCCUUCUCCUCUAUACCUCAGCUGUGGCUCAACCAAGCAGCCAAGCAGAUAAUACGCUCUGAGCUCUGAAACAUGUACCAUUAUAAUUAGCUUUGUCAGGUCCUAGCCCCUACAACCCUCAUGCAGAUAAUAUGAUAAUAUGUCUUCAUAACCGGCUGACCUUACAUGCUCAAUAUUUCUCCCCUUAUGAAGAUUACAUGUCAAUAAAGUAAUUGAGUCCCGGGGUGUGUGGCAAGUGAAGAUUUAGGUUAUUGGACUUUUCGGGGCAGUGAUGUACGAGCGUUAUUAUUCUACCUGUCAGGAGAUGUGCAGGGGGCUGGGGACUGUCCGAGAGUGUCAGGGGGGGAAAGAAGAGGAGAGGGGCAGUGGAGAGUAAGAGAGAGGAAGAUAAGGCCGAACAAGAAGAGAGAGGGGAGAGUGCAGAGAGAGGAGGAGAAAGUGAGGGAGACGGAAAUGAAGAGAGAAGAGGAGGGGAGGGAGGACUGGAUAGAGCAGAAGAGGGGAGAUCAUUUCUCACAAGCAGGGGACAGAUGCACAGUUAAUCAUCCCCUCAUACCUUUAUCUUUGUGUCCCCCUCCCUCACUCUCUGCAUAUGAACGGGGGAUAUGUCAUAUUAAUUAAGAGAAGUAGAGUUACAGUGGAGCCAUCCGUCUGAACGGGGCAGAGGGAGGCCAGAGGGACAUGAAAUAUUCCACACAACACAACACCUCUACCUCACACCGGAUUGGCCGCCGGGGUUGCAUUUGUUAAAGAUCUGGCAGGACAUGACGGCAUGCAAUUUGGCAAAGCCAUAAUUUUGAACAAGUUAUGAUGUCACUGCGAAUAAUUUUAAUCAUGUGACCUGGAAUUUACAGAACACUUGGUUUGCAUGUGGCUCAUUGAAGACCACUUAACUCAUGUUGUGGAUACAGCUACAUGACACUGAGCAUGAAAAUACAGUCAUACAAUUUAUACCAUUUAUUUAUACAACGUACUGUGGAACUGUGACAAUUAAUCCAUAUGUACAUAAUGCACACAUACAAAAACUUCACAUUAGGCUGAUCUAUCUUUAUGUAGUUGUAGGAAUAUUUGAUGAGCUAAUUUAGCCAAAUGCUUUAUUUUUAGGGUCGUCUUUUGGUGGAGUGUUUCAAAGUUCUUUAAGGGCCUGUGUCCACUAACAGUGUUGGCUGGACUUGGACUGAUCGUAGCUGAUUAAGAUGAUAAUAUUCAACUUUUGGAUCACUGCCGUGCUUGUCAAUGUCACUCUUCCAAUACUGACCAAUUACAGUGAAGAAGGGGUGGUACCUCUUUAAUCAAAUCUGUCAAAAAUGAUGGCAGAAGAGAAACUAACUGGACUUGUUUUAGUUAAUUAUUCCUUGUCAUUUUCUUCAGUUUUACCUUUAGUUUGAUAUCAAAAAAUAUCAAGCAUGUAGGGUGACACAAAAAGACUUAGAGGUCACUUGGGAAAAACAGAAGUGCUAUAAGGAGACCUUUAUAAUUAGGAAGCUGAAAUUGAGGUUGUGGUGCCUUCCUGUGGCAAAAACACUGUCAGUGGACAUAGGCCCUAAAUGCUGUGCAUAUAAAAAAAGAAGAUAAGGGCAUAUUACUGUUGGCUUACAUGGUGUUUCAUUAAGGUUAGCUAUUGUAAGGCAGGAUGAUGUCUUCUUGUUGAAUUGUAAAAGGAAAAAAUCUCAUCCUGCUGACUUUAUGAGUCAAAUUUAUAGUUUAUUAUGAAUAAUAUUAUUGUAGAAAUAGUAAAAACAGGGCUGUUUCUUCACACCCACCACCUCACACCACAUUCAGGCUAUUAAAAUUACAAUAUAUAGACUAGCAACCUCGUCACUGAUGAUCUCACUUGCUUCUGUUUAUCAAAUGGAGACAUGAAUGUGAAUUUCAGUCCAUUUCAUCAAUGUCAAAAAACUCAAAGAAGCUUUAAACUAAGUUUUGUCAUCUACAUACGUUAUACACUGUACUUGUCUUUCAUUAAGUAAAUAUAGGAAGAUGACUAUGUUGGUUUCCGGCAUCAAUACUCAAGUACAGGAUUGUGUUAGUUUCUUUAUUGAACAAUGCAGUCGAUUAAGUGUGCUUGGCUUAAUUGGUAUUUGUUUUGAAAAAUAAGUAUUACCUCAAGUUUUAAUUUUCAUCAAUAUUCUGUCUCACAAGAUAAAGUCAGAAUCCCUAAUCUGAAAGUUUUUCCAUGUAGGGAUCUGAGCUUUGUAUUUCUUUUUCUUGCUCUUGCCACAUGUCAUGACAAAGUGUGCAAACCACUGUAUGUCAAGGUGCUGUUUUGUCCAUCAUAAUUUGACUGUCAGUGCUGGAGACAGAGGAAAUGGGAUGUGAAAAUGACUGUGGUCGAUUGAGGUCCAGCAAUGAAGGUUACACACAUUUUCAGCUGAGAGAGAAAGAAAAACAGGAGCAGGGGACACACAAAGGCAGGAUGGGAGAGCAAUGUUAAAGGAUAUUUUACCAUGUCCUUUCAGAUUAGGCCCGGAGAUUGAUAUCUUCCAGUCAGAUGAAGCUCUGAUGUGAGUGAUCCGGCCCCUCCAUCAUUGUGACAUGCGGCUCUCGGCUAACGCUCAUCCGUGUUGAUGGGCACGCCCUGCGCCACGAGGGCCCCUUGCUAACAUACCCACCUUCCUCUCUCCCCAACUCUGUCUGCUUCACUCUGCCAUCUCUGUUCUUUUAUUUCUAUUGCCCUUCUCCCCUGUUUUCUGUCACCAUGUCAUGUCCAAUCACUGUUUGGCUGGCCAGGCACUCAGUCGGGCAGGCAGGGAGCAGGAGCCCCAGGUAGAGAACUGCCUAACAGGCGUCAGGAUGGGCACUGAAAUGACUCUAAUAAUGGGGUCCCCGUGUGGCCCAGACAAGCCAGUCAGUUAGCAGGGCCUGGAUGGGGAGUAAUAAGUGUUUGAUGUCUGCGGGGGAAGGAAGUGUGAAGGAGUACAGCCAACCCUUGGCACUUCGGUCAGGCAGGUGCAGCCAGCCAGAGGUCUGAGGGAAACAACUGUGGAACAAGACGUCAGAUUAGUAUUGAUAUGUGUCACGCUGGAGGUUGCCGGGCUGUUUGUUUAAGAAAGUGUCUCAGAGUGGUGGCAGCCAUGUGGUAAUUGAUGUUGAGCUCAAAAAAGAAAGAGUAGAGGACAACCUGACAUACCUGGCACUAACUGAAGGAACAGACUCUGUCAAUUUCAUGGUGUGAUGAAGGAAGAAACUACUCCACAAUGCACGCCUUUAUUACCCCGUGUUUUUUUUUUAUGCAUGUGUAAAACCCCAGCGGCAGUUCCUCUUGUGGCCAAAUUUGCCGGCCAUCUUUGAUUUGAUGGAAAUUGCCACUGACAGGUAGCGAGGUGCCAUUUUGUCCAGUGACGCGUGAAGUCCAUCAUUGUCUGUGCGGUUGAGUUUAGUUAACAUGGCACUUAGCGACUGACAUUGCUUUCGAGCCAGAAAAACACUGUCAUUGUCACGUCAUUUAUCUUUUGCUAACCAAUUUUUGAUGCUGAACGCCUCGCUGAAUGUCCCUAGCUGCUUUUUUUUUUUUUACAGUAGGGUAGACAGUCUCGGUGCCCUCUAAGUUAAAACUCUGCUACAAUCCUUCAACACAUUCAAAGCCCUGACAUCGUAGGUUGAGCGCACCUUCCCCUGAUAAAGCCACUGCUGUCCUUUCCAGUGCGGCUAUCGAGUAACAAGCUACUUCCCUUUGAACAGUUUUAUGUGGUUGUAAUUGACCUGACAAUGGGGUUCAUUAUGCAGUCCCUUUCAUGCUGUUUUGCCUGAUAAUUAUUAUUUAAUGUGUUCAGAUGGAGAGCAUCAUUAAUUCAUCCCUUCCUCCAAUGUCAAAGAGAUGAACAGUGAAGUUAUCACUCUCUGGUGAUUAAUAUUACGCUCUUUUGUUAUUGAAUCCUGUCCCAGUGAUUAAACCUUCAUUGAGUGACUCGCCAGCCGCUCUUAUUAACGGCACCAUUACUGAACACAGCCAAACCCCUAAUUGCGGUUUUCACUUCUUUUUUUUUUUUUUUUUCCUAUUUCGGUCAGAGGUUUGCACCACUUAUCUGUGCUUUUCUUUUAAUUAGAAAUCCUGGGUGUAAUGAAGAACACAAUCGAUCAGUGUCAGAAGGCGUGGUGUGCUUGUGUGGUGAUUUGGAAUCCGCUUGUUGACGGAGAAAAUGAGCGCGCAUGAUUACUGGCGUCAUUAGCGCUUUCCUAUGCCCCUAAGGGUAGACGAACCCUUUCGGUGGCUCGAGCAGUAAAUACUUGUCAUUAUUUUGCUUACAGGAGAGUUUGUGUGUGUUCGUAUGCAAAGUACGUUGUCUACAUGAUGUUGGAUGCCUUGAGAAAGACGCCACAAGGGGACUUUGUAAACUGUCUGAUUGCCCCCGCCUUAAACCUCCCUCCUCUUAUCUGCAGCUUGCAGAGCUACUGUAACCAGUGUUCUCCUCUGGCUGUAUGUGGAAUAAAUGUCACUGAAAUUAAUUUCACCAUUUUUUUUUUUUACAUCAGACCCCCCACAACAGUAAUCUCUCUCUUCAGUCAAAAUUUAUGUGCCCCAGAAUUCAAUUUCCUCCCCAUCCUCAUAAGUUUAAAAUACAGAGACUGAUAGGCAUUCAUCUGGUUAUAACAGGAAUUCACCCAUCAAUGAGUAAUGCCAUCCUUAAUUUAAAGUGUUAGAUUAUGGCCAUUUAGUGAACUGACAGUGAUUAAGUGUCAUUUUUUAUUUCCUGAUCAGCUCAAAACAGAACUGAAACACGCAGUUUGCACGCAACUGCAUGUCUAAGCAUUCAUUUUAUGAGUUUAUUUGUCAUAUUAAUUGCAAUUCUCAGUUAAUUUUCAUCAUUUCUGACCUGGCCGCUCCCAUAACUGUAGCUUUCAGAUCCUGCAGCACAUAAAACAUACAGAGUGUGUUAUUGUAGCACUUUAAGGAGAAUCAUGUGGCAAAAUCAACUUGGUAUUGAUCAGAGCUGGUUGAGCCAUGACCCAGCAACCUCCCCCUGACAGCCUAUCAGCCUGUGGCAAUAGCAAAUCUUUCAACUCACCCACACACACACAUACACACACACACACACACACACACACACACACACACACACACACACACACACACUUCCAUCCUUUGUUUGCACUCGUGUUUGUGUUGUUUUGAUCUGAGUCAUGCACACAGUUCCUAAAACUCCCCUCUAUAUCUUUCUGUUUCACUUUUGGACACUUCCACACCAAGAGUUUAAUAAUCCCCCUCCUACCUGUGCAGUCAGAGAAACAAACAGACACCUACUGAAUGACUGUGUUGCAAUGAUGGGAGAAUUAAAGCCGGAAAGUGUGUUUGGAUGGGUGCUUGAGAGUUUCCUGGUCUACUAGUUGUCAUCAGCGAACCCAUUUCAAGUUUAUGAUACUAAUUUAACCGUCUGUGUUAUUUUUUUUCUGUUUUUGUGAAUGUUAAAAUCGACACUGUAAACGUCUCUACAUCACAGAGGCAGAGAAAACAGCAACACAAUAAUCAGCUUUACUGCAAAAAGUCUCUCAGUGUUGUAAUGUAUCACUUACUGUGGAGUAUUGGGUUGAAUAGUAAACCUGCUGUCAAUCAUCUGGUCUGACACCUAACCCCCUCAUGACAGUUUCAGGUAUGAAGAAUUAGGUCAGGGAAAUUAUCCACUUUUUUGUUAAAGGUGGGGUAGGCAGGAUCUGAGGAAGUGACAGUUUUUGGGAGAAAUCUUAAUGUAAACUCUACCCCUCCCAACCAGUUUUCCUCUCAGCUCCUCCUCUCCCCUCCUUCUCUGCUCCAGCAAGCCCCGCCCACAAACAGACGCUCCUGCUCACUCGUAUUUUUAGAUAAAUUUAGAUAUAAUGCAGAUAAAUACUUCACAUAUACAAAUAGGGCCCAGUCAACGUGACAGUAAAAAGCAUUGGUACUAUUGUAGAUGUCAACAGACUACCAGCAAACACAAUGUUUGCAGGACUUCCAAAACUAGGAUAAAGUGACAUAGUCCAGGACCCGAGGUAAACAGUUUAGCGGCGCUACAACACGCAGCAGAUUCCGUUUGACAAGAAACACUUCUGUUACAGACACUUGGCUUACUUUGUUAAAGCGGUUUACCUGUCCAGCAGUAAAGUUACAAGGUCAGUAAGAUCCCGAAGAACCCCCAAAGAACCCUCAAAGCGUCCCCGUAGUGUUUAUGCUCCAUUGAUGUUGAUCCGACUUUUUAGCUCUUGUCCGGUCUACCUCAUUUAAAGCGCCUAUUAUUCUGUUAGAUUCCCUGGUAUUUACUUAAUUUUUUUGCUUGUGUUGGCAGUCAUGGCCAAAGGAGGAUUCAGACAAUUUUCUGGUUGGUUUCUACUGUCUGAUAUCGUAGCAUGCUAACUUUGUUUGGGCUCGUGAACCACACGGGGGGAGCAGCAUCUGACUCACAACCAAUCAGGAUGGGGGAGGCAGAGAAUGGCUUUGUUUACAAUCAGAAGGAGCGGGCCGCUCAAAAAACAUUAAAAUGUUGACUACACAGACAUAACAAAACACAGAGAUAUCGUGAUACUCCCAAAUGUCAUCAAUAACUAAUAGCUAUUGACUAAUAUUAAAAAAUUUUGUAUAUUCACCACAAAAACAGAUGCUUCUUUAACAGAUUUCUGCCUACCCCACCUUUAAUGGUCUUGUUUGCUUUUAAAGGUCACAGAGAGACAUAAGUAUCAGUUUCAGUCUGUUUGUCAACCAGUAAAAAACUCCCCAUAGUGCCUUUAACAUGACUCUAACUAUUAUAUAAAGUUUGAAGCCAAAUUUCAAAUGAGUUCCAACCAAUGAAAUGAAUCAAAGGAUCUGCUCAUAGACUUGUUUCUGAGUAUUUCUUAUUUUUCUCAGAUGCUGUUGAAGACUUCUGUUUCGCUCUAACCCUCAGACUCUGGAGGGCAGCUCUAGUGUUAAUACAUUGCUGUAAUUAUUAACUUAUCCUGGAGAAGAAACAUGCUGUUUCAGUGAGUAGCAGACUGACCUCCGAUUGAUUGACAGGGAGUCCACAACAUGCUGAGCCGCCUGGUUAGAAAUAUUUACAGAGACUGACAUUCAGGACUCGAUAAUAACAGAGAGAGUAACAGUUAUGUUGUUUUUCCUCUCUGUGAUGGACAAGUAUAUCAUUACAGGGGCUUGUUAACCCAAGACUGUUACUGUAAAUUAUAAUCAGCUCAGCGACUGAUAGCUGAUUGUGGGAACAUUUCCUCAUCUUUUUCUGCACUGUUUACAGCUGGGGAUUUUUUUCAGCGUUAAAGUAAAUAUACAGGAUGUUUUGAUGUCCCGUGUGCACUCCUCUUCUGUUGUGGGCGGCGUUAUCCCCACCUUCCUGUCUCCCCUGCCCUCCCUCCAUUCCUCUUUUUCCUCUGCCGUCUCCCCAGCCUCUGCCUGGGUGAAAAAUGGGCCGCAUUUCCCUGAUAGCCUGUGUGGAUGUGGAGAGUAUAAAUGGCUAAUGAAUUACAGAUGAACAUUGACGCAAAUUAAUCUUCCUGAUGUCCCAGGGUUAUAUGGCAGCUAUUUAAAAGUUUAAUCAAUAAGCUGAAGUUGAGAACAUGCAGGCGCUGCAGUUGUUUGGCCGCAGUAAACAGCCAGGAGGGGAACAGGGAAGGCCUGAGCCCAGGGCAUGCAUCAUAAUGACAGCUAUUUAUGUUUAAUGGACUAAAUAUUUCUUAUUGGGAGAGGACAAAUGUCACUUUCAUUUCCAAAGUUACACGCAGGAGUUUGUUUGAGACCCAGGAGAGAGGGGUGACACCUCAGCUGUUUAUAUGGUUAAUUUAUUGACAGACAAGUCUAUCAGUGGGGUAAAGAUGGAGUAAGAAUGGAUUUAGUGUCAACAUGUCAUAUUAAAAUAUCACCGCUUUUGUGAGAAAUGUGCAUCAUAAAAACGACAAUAAGAUAGUCCUCGUGAAGGUGCCAUCGAUAUAUUAUACUCGAGUGAAGUUCCCUCUUGCUCUUUUUUUGUUACUCUCUCUCUUUCGCUCCAGUAGACAAAGUUUGUGUCUAUAAACAGUGGGCAUACACAGUUUGUAUGGAUUUGAUUAUACAAAUGAAAUUUGGAGGAAUCUGAAAAAUCGCUCCAGCACUGUCUUUCCAAACAAUCAAUAUCAGCUCAUGACUUUUAUUACAAAUAUGUGAAAAACAAUAUACAGAUUGAGUAGCACCACAGAAAAUAGGGGCUUUUUAUGACAAUAGAUUGAUAAACAAUUUCUUCCUUGUUACUGGUGAGUACAGGAAAUGUAUGAAAUUUACCUAUUUAACAGAAUACAUUAAAAAAAAAAACAUGGUAGCACACCUAAUUACAGAAACUCAAAGAUGCCUAAAUGUAAACUGUUUCAACACAACAAUAGCUUGGUCCAUAAACUAACAAUAAGAGAGCACAUGGAUCAUUGUUCCUGCUCUCAUUAAAGCUCCUGUGAAAAACUUUAUGUUUGUGUCAGUUUUGGCGCCCCCUGUGGACAAAACAGUCUUUGCUUUUCUUAUCAUAUUUGUCAGCUAUGAGGCUUGCACCUAUCCCCUCACACCAGUUUCAGCUAAGCUUAUGAGAAUCUUCAGUCUUGUGUCUGAUGAUCUGUUUGCUUUUGGAUAUCAAGAAAAUUCAUUAAUAUGAAUUUGAGUCUAUUUAAAUAAAAAAAAAUCUUAAAACUCUUUAUUGGAGCUUUAAGUAAGGUGAUAUUUUCUCUUUGAUUCAAUGCAUGUUGAGAUUUUUUUCAUUCUGUUUGCAAAGUGAAUAAACUCGACAGUUAAGCUAAUCAUGUAGAGCAACAAUAAACAAACAGAGGACAUUAUUCAGAGCUGGAUUUUGUUGAUGUGUUUUCUGGAGAAAAAGUACAAGCAGCCACUUUUCAGACUUCAUUACGUCUGUAGUUCUGUAGUCAAAUUGGUUUGAAUUGGCAAUACCCAUUUGUCAACAACAGAGCUUGCUAGUGUUGCAAUGUUAGAUUUAUUUUGUGUACAGCAGGGCACCAAAAAAUAAAACAACAGUGUCAUGUACCAAUUGGGAAAGCAUCAUCCAAGCUUAUUUUUGGUGUUUUUGUCAGCAGAGGCUGCAGAACACUGCUGGAGGGAAUCUAACCUUUUUAAAAUAACCCCGCUAUAUUCUGCAAAACUCGGUAGAAAGACAAAGUAUAUUCCUGUAUUCAGUCAGAUUAUUCUCUGAAGUUUGUGUUUCAUAAUUAGCCAACUGAAAAAAAAAACUAAGACACAUUCCCAGCAAACCAAUUCAAAGUGAAACAAUUCCAUUUGGCUGCAUGGCAAUGUGCUGUGUGAGCCAGCCUGUCUCUCAGUAGGCUGAAUCAGUCCACUGGCUGUUGGUUUAUGGGACACAGGGGGGUUAUCUAUCUGCAGGCCUCCCUACAGAGAGGAGGUGGCGACUCCAUCUCAUGACGUUGGGCUGGACUGAUAAAAGGACAGCCGGAGAUAGAUCGUGUCCACAAUAAUAGCCCUGGCUCACAGCAGCCUACGCCCCAAGCCCAUAAGUCACUCUUGCACCAACUCUUGUGGAUGCCUGCCCCCAGCCCCAGCUGACCCCACCCCCCACCUGCUCAGCAGUGUUAUUUCAGCCCUCAGAGAUAAUGCUGAAAGUGUAAUUGCCUUGUUAAUUGGCUUUUUUCUUAUUGCGUUUUUGCUCUGAUGGAUGGCAGCACUGAUGGAAUUGUUGGUUAAGUGGCCAAACUAGAGGAAGGAGAUGAAGCAAAAAUAAAGAGAGGGAGAGAAAACAGGAGAAUUCAAAGAGGGAAGGAGAGGAAUCAAAGAGAGAAAAUCGAGGGAAAGGGAGGGUAGAGGAGUAAAAAGAAGAGUGGAAGCAGUUGAAAUGAGAGGGGAGGAAGAUUUGCAAAGGCGACGGGAUGAGAAACAGGAGUGGAGGGGGCUAUCCAUGCCGAGAAUAGAUAACCUUGAUGUUAAAAGCUACAUCCGUCGGAUGUGUCUCUCUGUGACAUAUUGAUGGCCCUUGAAAAGAGUCAAGCUGAUUGUAUGCAGGGAACAAUCAUUAAACCCACUCCAUCUCCCUCCUCGCCCUGACUUCUCUCUUUCCAUUUCUUACAAGUGUGUGUGCAUGCAUACACAAGUGUGUGUGUGUGUGUGUGUGUGUGUGUGUGUGUGUGUGUGUGUGUGUGUGUUCUGUUUUAAUGCAGUGGAUAUCCCUGCAGGUUUGGUCUGAUGAACAGAGGAGGAGCCCUGCAGAUCAAACUCACCAAAGAAAAGGACAUUUUCCAGUAUCUUUACAUGAUUUCAACAUGAACAUUAUAUGUUUUUAUGUUGCCAAUAUUAAACUCAGUAUGUUGAUAUGACUCUGUUUAACAUUUUUGGAGCAUUUUAGAUUGUGUUUUAAAUUGUCAGGUUAGGGCGUUGCUUUAACUCUGAAGAAUAGACUGUUUGUAUGGAUUUGAGAAUUUUGGCGCCCCCUGUGGACGAAGCAGUCUUUGCUUAUCUCUACUUUUUAAAGUAGCAUCUUGUCACAACAACAAAAAAAAACUCUUCUUGCUUAUUAUAAAUUGUGAAUAUUUGAUCUCUAAAAUGUAGAAAUAAUGCUGUCUCCUCAGCUGCUCCACUGAAUCCUACCCCCUCGCACCAAUUCCAGCCAUAACAAAUAACAAAAUAAAAGCCUCUGUUGUUGCCGAUACUAAAAAGGCAUCGAUAUAAAUUUCCAUCUAUUUCAUAAACCUGAAAAAAAAAUCCUCACAGAGGCUUUAAAUGUUUAAGUCUGGGAUAUACCAAGACCGUCAAAAGCUGUUCUGAACUUUAAAAUUAGAGACCCAAAGUGAUAUUUUCGACCUUCUUUCAUCCCUCCCUGACUUCUUACUAGCUGGUAUAAUGCGGAGCCUCGGCCACACUCUUUUGGGUAUUGCAGAUCCGCUUGCAAUACAUGGAAUGAAUGGUGGGAGCAACAAAGUACUUUUUUGGGACCACAGCUCUUGGUUCUGAUUAGUCAUCAGAACUUUGGGUUCAGCUGGAACUUGUUUUUAAGAAGUUAGAUUUCCCACUGCUGUGCUCUGCUCUAACUGGUUCAUUAUACUUGUACUUUUGUAAAUAUGAACUUACUCUUUGUAGGAAGACUUAAAGGAAUUUAUUUACCUGAUUAAAAAGGCACAGAAAAUAGUGGAUUUUUUCUACUCACUGGUUCACAUUAGAGCAAUAAGAAUAUUUGAAGAAUUGGACUGCAGGUAGAAGCUUUAAAAAUUCUGAUAAUACCAUAUGCGCCUUUGAUGAAGCUUGUUUUUGGUUUAAAAAAGAUUGAUUAACAGCCUCAGAGAAACUUCACAGAGAGUCAUCUUUUUUACUUUAAAUAGAAAAAUGGUAUUUUAGUUAGAAAAGACAACUUUUGUUACUGUGUUUGUUGAUCUGAAAGAGAAGCACCGUACAUCAGAGGCUUUGUACAGCUGGUUUACCCACACUAUGGCACAGUGGCCCAUCAAGCCCCCGUAGCGAGGACACAUGCUUUGGGUAAUCAGCUUUGAAAAGACCAGGCUGUGUGACUAUGAACCUCCACAGCAGCGAUCACCAAGAGGAGGCUACAAGAGACACACUGUACAGCCUUUAAUAAAGACUAGAGAGUGAGCUACUCCUCUUAAAAACAACAAGGUGCUGCGAGACAUAUGCACAACAAAGGCCUGAUUGUUCCUCCACCAGGGCAUGAUGGAAACAUUAGCCUCCACAUCACUUUGUUCAUCUGUCACUUUAAUGGCUGCCCCCACUGUUCCCACCGUGUGCUGUGUUUGUGUGCAAGAGAUGAAAGUGCGCAUGAGUUGUGAUAAUGUGCGUAUGGUACAGAUUGUGGGUGUUGAUUCAAGUGUGCUCAGCCAUGGCUCAGGAUACACAGAGGAUAUUGUAGACCACUGGCUCUGGCACUGUACCACUUGUUAUUAAGUAUCAGUUCAUCAGGCGGAACCCCACAGGCGUGAGCCCAGCCUCACAAGGUGUUAUGUAAGAGUGAGUGUGGCUCAGUUAUUCCCUUCUUCAUCUCCAGCCGCACCAUCUUUCUCAUGCUUUUUCUCAUAAUAAGAGCGGGCUCUCGCUGUGAAGGGGGACGCAGCGAACCGGAGUGUGUUUAUGUACAAAACACACUGCUUAAUGUAGUGCAGGAAAUAUAUGUACAGCUGGGGUCAGGAUCCACAGAAAAUUAAGACACAUUCAUGCACUUUUUCAUCCGCUGGGAAAAAGAUGUCUAUUACAAGCCCUUUGUUGUUCUCUGUUACCUUAAUUUACUCCCUUACUUCUCUUCUCUGCCCGUUCUCUUCUGACUCAACCUUCAUGACUAUCAACCAUACUAACAUGGCAGCCAUUUUUCCCUAAUGUGGCUGGGUUGGGAAGUUCAAACACCGUCAUGAUAUCGUUCCUCUGUCUGAGAUAGAGUGAAAAAGAAGGUAGAAGACUGAGUCCUUGACUUCUGUAUGUGUCCAAGUAAUGGCAAGCACUUCAGCCCCGAGGCUAACGCUAGCCGGCGCGCUACAGUUAACAGAGAAUGAACAAGUUCAGUCUCAAUUAUUACUGAACAACAUUUGUUGGCUGUGGCUCCCCGAGCAUGUUGUCAUCCAGACUUUUUUUUUAGCUUUCUGCUUUUAUCUUUUGUUUUUUUUUCUCUUCAAAGUAUCAGACUCCAGAGUGUUGGUGUAUGUUUUAGCCCUGAAGCUAAUGAUAGCUAGUGUUUAACUGUUGCCAGAACACCAACAAUUACCGCCUCGGUUUUUACUAAAAAGGAAAAAAACUUGUGUUGAAUAUGUCUCUAUUAUAUAUUUUUUUAUUUACACCCUCUGAUCUUGUUUGUUCUUACCACAAAGCAUUAUAAUAGCUUACUGUAGUCAUUCUCAGCAUUUGUUUACAUGCUCUUACAGGAGGAAUAUUUACUCCAGCAAAUAAUGCAAGUCUGAAAUUAAGGAAAGCACCUGUGGAGUUACUCAAAAUGCAAAAACGGUUGCUGUAACCUGAGCUUGGACUUGAACCAGGUUUUAUUAUUCUUUCCAGGACUGUUUCUAGAGUAACAAAUCACCCAAAGCUUUCUGAUUGGUGCUUGAGAAUCUCAGAAAGUGUUCUCCUCGAUUCUUCUCGGGCCCCUGUGGGCUCGUGAUGGGCUCAGCAGAGUGUGAAGGCCUGAAGAGCCUUAAGCUUUAGUUCCUUCAUCUGUGAAGGUUAUCUCUGAAAGGCUUUGGUUGCAACCUACAAAUAUAUCCCCUCUAGGUAAUGUCUUGAAGGAGCCUUGGUUCUGGUACCUUGCUGGGUAAUCUCUUUAAGGACCCCACUCCUGAAGAAGGAGGGUGUCCUCGCUGGCUAAGUGGUGAAUACGUGAAAGAGCCCAGCGCCCAUGUGAUCAGAGCUCUGGUAGACACCACGAGUCCUGUGGUGUCAGGCCCAGUCUCCAGCCGUGGCACCUAUAUCCCCGGGCGAAUCACGGCAGCUGGAUUACUCCUCCCCCCGCCUUACCAAACCUCACUGUCAGAGGCGCACACACAAGAAAACACACGUAUAUGUUUCCCUCACACACCGGGGGAGCAGGCAGGCAUGGAGCUGGUCCCGGAUUUUAUCGGAGGUGACAGCUUCUCACACUUCAGUGUUUGGAUCACCUCAAGUAGCUGGGCUAUGAGGGGAAAUGAGCACUGCUCCACUACAAAGUCCAGAUUUAGAUUGACUGAGCUUGUCCCCGGGCCUGUGGGCUGCUGCCGCUGCUGCUGCUGCUGCUGUACUGCUCCUCCGCCUGACAGAACACCCACUACUGCUGCGAGGGACUGGUAUGUGUGUGUAUCUUUGUGUGUACGUCUGGGUACUUUAUAUUUGCGUGUGUGUGUGUGUGAGCCUACUUUGAAGAGUCAGAGAGAGUGGGGGAGAAAGAGAGCGAUGUGUCAGGUUUGGUUAGAAUUGAGGGUGGCAUCAGAAUAUGCUUGGCACUAAUAUGGCACCAGUAUCUCUGUCCCCGUCUCUGCUUUCUGUCACUUAGUUGCCAUUCUCUCCCCGCCCUUGACAAUGUCUCUUUGGAUUAUGUGAUUGGACUUAGCGCUCGGAGCGCCCCUCAUCCCUCUGAGACACCGCCGCUCCCAUAAGUCUCUUCUUUCCCUGCUCUGUCUCCAGCCUGCCCGCCCCCUCCUCUUUCCUUUUAUAAUGCACUUGAUGUCUAUUUAAGAAGCCUGGCGAAAGCUGUAUCUGUUCUGCUGUCAGAGGAUCAUUGACAGCACUAAUGCCACUUGUCCUUGCCUCAUUUGGCGAGAGGUGACACCUAGCAGCAGCUCACCACAUUCAUCAAGUGGCGGUGUGAGUGCUGUGACAUCAAGAGACAGAGUAGAGCAGUCACAGAACCGUGGGCAGCGCUUAUUUGGACAGGAACACACAUUUUAUUAUAUCAAGAAAGUACUGUUGGCCACCUUGGAUUCACUUUAGGUCUUUAGAGGGACUCUCGCCUUGUUUCUGGUAAAUGUAGUCUUUUACCCCCAUGAUUAAGUCGUUCAGUGAUUGUUGAACUAUAUUUCUUACAAUAAUGUGACGCUCUUGGAGUUUUGUCCUCAAAGCCAAAAGGGGAUUGUUUCGUACAGGUCUGGUUCAGGAUUUGGGAAUGGGCCCUGAAAUCGCACUAAUUUGAACUUCUCAUCCUCAGCCGAACAUACCUCAUGCAUAAUGCAAUAUACAAUACAUUUUCACCUUCAUGUAUACGGCUCAACUGGAUUGAAACUGGCCUAAGCGUUCUGCACAUGCUCCAGAGUUUGCACACUGUGAUUCAAGCUGUUGUUUGAAUGGCAUAACUUUGUUGCUAGGAAACAGAGUGACAAACAAAAUCUCGACAGAAGAAGAGGGGACAAAUAAUAGAUAAAGCUGUCAUAUCAUAUGUACAGAAGGUUCAGAGCUGUGAAGAGACAGUUUUUAUAUUGUUUAUUGUAGCCUAUUUCGCACUUGCUAACAAGUUUGUUUGGUAGGUAACAGGUCAACUAAUACAAGGUUAUAGAUAACCAAAUAGGGAAGAGCUGACUGAGCGCAUGUUGCCACCUACUGUAAAGGUAGACGUACAUCUGUUGAUUCGUCCCAGGUUCUUUUAACCUGAGACAAGGACAGUAAUCUUUGUAAGAUUUGUUUAAAUUCCCAAAUCAAGCUAAAACCAAGUUCAGUUUAUCUGCAUCUAAACGCACUCAAGUGUUUAGAUGCAGUAAGUCUUUCUCUUGAGUCCCAGGUAACUUACUCUGCAAUUUCAUCCUUUUUUAGUUCAAAAUACUUAUUCAAAGUAGCUCUCACUCACCAAGCUGGAUUCCUGACUGGUACAGCUUUGCUGUGAUUCAACUUUUUCCCAUGUCAGAGAAUUAAGCAGUUCGCAACAUUAUGCAUUAACAUUUGCUUUCCUGACACUAUAAAGACAACUCUUUUAUAUACAGGCUUCCAAUGUAAAACAAGUUUGAGCAUUUUAAUCUCAGAAAUGAUCAGGAUCACUCAGUAUGUUUACAUGACACAUGAGAAAACCAAAUUAUUGCCUUACUCUGAUUAAGACCGGACAACUGAAGUGCAUGUAAACACCGUAGUCCGACUAUAAUCCGAGUUUGAGAACUCCGAUUGGAGUUGCCCAGCAGCAGAUGUAGACACUUCUGACGUCUGGCAUAGAUCUGCUGUUGUCGUUGACAGUUGUAUAGGGUCUGAAACAGCGCCGCUGAAAAGACCCAUAUCGCCCCCUAGUUUUGGGGAGGAGGACAUGUUCACGUCAAGAGUUCAAUUUUCUUAACUGCAUGUAUACGUGGACGAGGACAGAAGUCUGAUUCGGCGGAAGAAAAAAAAACGAUUUAUAAGCGUAGUCCGAUAAAGCUUUGCAUGUAAACGCACUGAAUGUUGUCCCCACCUGUCUCCUCUUACAGCCGGACAGUAGCUUUCAGUCACAGUUCAGUGUGUCUGGUGUUAUGGGUUGACUGUAAACUUAUAACUUUAAUUGUGACUUUUUUAUGAAGUCCUCAUCGGUCUUUCUGUGGGUCUUUCCAGCUAAAACUCUAAAGUGAGUACUUCAGUCAUUCAAAGCUAGCCUGAAGAGUUUUGGCAAAUGGGCUGUUUUAAAAGUUCUCUCUGAUGUAUUUGACCUUAAGAUCUAACAACCAUGGUGAAUAUGUUGGUCACCACACUUCAAUUCAAGCCUUGUUUAAACUCUCGAAAUCUUUACAGGCAUCGUUAAAAGUUAGUAUCAUUUUGAGGGUUUUAUAGAAGUUUUACUUUGAGUCAUUUUUAGAUAUCCUUUGUAGUUAAAUAUUAAGAGCACAUUGUAACCAAAAUCAAUGAUGUGAUUCAUUCUACCAAAAAACGGAAUAACUCAACUACAAGCGAAUAAUUUGACUUAGAGUGUCUGUCGAAAUAAUUCUUUAUGCACUCCAGACAACAACAAGGAGAUCUUUGUUUGCAGUUAUGGUUACUUAGCUCGGCACUUCUAAACAUAUUUGGCCCAUGACCGCUUCAAACAAAGGACCUUUAUGUCUUUUACAAAAUGUUGUAUUUUUUAUCAGAUGUUUUAGUUGUUGUGUCUGCAAAGAAGGUUAUGUGUUCAGUGUUGUACAUGAGUAAAAGACAGAAACAUAAACCGGCCUUAUUUUUUUAUAGCUUGAUGGAAAAGUUAAUCAAGGGCAAGACCGACCUGAUUUAUUGUUUGUGUCGAGUAGAAUCUUCACCCCAGAUAUCUAAAUUUUAACACUCUUGUAUAUGAUUGGAGUGUCGAUAAAUAUAAAGUAUAAUGCAUGCUUUCAAAGAGGAAACACAACAUUAAACUGUCUUAAAGGUUUGGAUUUAAUGUUAAUUUAUAAGACAGAUGGAAGUCAGCAUACAAAAUGAACUGUUUUAAUUCAUGAGAUAAAAAAGAAUAUCAAUACCUUUUCUUAAACAUGAGAGAGCGCCAUCUACCAGCAAAAUCUCUUGGUUAAAAUCAUUAUAUCUGUGACUAUUUACAGCUACACAGACAAAAUAAUUAUAAGUGAUGAUUUUGCAUUUAAAGAUGUAAAGUAAGAGAUGUGUAAGAAUAAGACAACACCAUGAUGGUUGUAAGCAACGAGUCGUCUUUGAGCAAUUUUCAUUAACUCACUUUACUUUAUGAUCAAUCUGAAGUUAUUCUCCUGUCCUGUCAAAGUAAAGCAUGUGAUUUUACUAUGACAAUAUUUGUGUGGCAGACACUUCACCGAAGCUUGAACAUAAGUGAGUUGCUUACCACCUGAAAACUGCUGUGUGGACAGUAGGGGUGGGAUUCACUAGUGGCCCCAUGAUGCGAUAUUAUCUCAAUACUUGGGCCAUGAUCCAAUAUUAUUGCGAUUGUAAACAUUUUGCAAUACAGUGGGUAUUGUAUAUUGUAAUUUAUAAUUUUUUUCGACUGCUUAGCUGAUUUAGUAUUUGUCUUUCCCUUUUUUGUCUUAUUUAUGCAAUAUUUUAUUUUCAUGUAUCUCUCCUUGCAAACCUUGCAUCGUGUUCAUCUCAUUUGUGCCUUUGCAUUCCCAAUGUCCUUCUGCAGGUGCUGCCAUGUUUGUUAUACUUUCUCCUUUUCUUCUGCUCUAUCAUGUUGCCUCUGCAAUAUAUCAUGAGACAAAAUAAGAACAAGAUAAGACAAGAUAAGAUGUUCCUUUAAUCGUCCCAUGAGGGGAAAUUUCUAAUUUACAGCAGCAUAGUACAGAUACAAAAAGAGAAAUUUUAAAUUUAAAGAAACUUUGAGUUAAAAAAAACAGAUAUGUAUAUGAAUCAUAUUUACAUCUGUACAGAAUUUACAUAAUAAUAUUGCAAUAUAAAAUAUUGUAAUACUAUGCUGUAUUGAUUUUUUAUCCCACCCCGAGUGAACAGAGCACUGCGUCACAUGAAGUUUUGUUUUUACUCAUUGCAUUGUACCGUACCCCACUGCAUCGCAUCAUAAUAUACAGUAUUGUGUAUUUCCUGUCCUCAAUGCUCUAAAAGGAGGUGCAUGUGAUUUUUAAUAACAUGUUUUUGUGUUUAUUUUUUAUUUCACAUGAAUAUCCCACAUAUCACCUAACUGGCUCUCAUUCUGUUUUCAGGGGUAUUCACCAAGUGUCGCUACGUCUACUACGGAAAACACUCAGAAGGCAACAGAUUCAUCCGGAACGACCAGCUCUGA